AUGGAAGAUAUAACUCCUACAUCUUUUACAUCAUUUGAUAACCAAUCAGUGAGUAAGAAUAACGAAUUAAAAAAUGCGGAUAACGUAGAAGACUAUCAACAGCACCAGAGAAGACAAAGAACAAAAGACAUAGAAGACAAAGGUAAUGGCCGGUGGUGUACGAGCAGUGUUCGAUCCAGAUCCUCGACAUCAUUUCUCAUACAUAAUUUACUUAUAUCGUGUACUGGCAACGACGCUAACGAUAUACCUAUAGCUAAAUCUCCGCCGAUAAUUCCACUGGUUGAACAAGAUAAUCAUAAUGAUGAACUUGGAAAAAGUAGAAGUUGUAGCCCACAAGAGAUGAUACACGCAUCGUACCCGGUAAUAAAUUCCAAAGAAGAAAAAGAAGAUGUUAACGGAAUGUAUAAUGCGGACCAUUAUAGGAUUAAGAGACGAAAAUGCACCAUUCCCUUUAGGAGAAGGACUGCAAAGAUAAAAGACAUCGUCAAUACAAAUACUAGUGGUGACAGUGAUAAUGACAAAAGAGAAAGUAAGAAAAUCAUUAAUAUAUUUCUUUUUAAUGCAGUAAAAAAUUAAAAACAUUAGGAUUGAUAUUAGUAGGAACACAAUUAGUAGAUCGUUAGUUUAAUAUGUUAUUCGAUUUAGUAAGAAUUCAAUAUACAAGUAUUAAAAUAUUUAUAAAAUGUAAAUAUCUGUAGGUAUUCCGAUUUAAUACAUUGUGUUGGUAGUCUAUUGCUCAGAUAUAGGAUUAUAAUAUUUCAGUUGUAUUUAAAUACAGUCAAUGUAAACUACAUAUUUUAUCCUAUACGGCUGUAUACUAAUAUUCUUUUGAAUAAAUACAAUAUAAUAAUUUAAAUAAUACCUAUUUUAAUUUGUAUUUACAUAUAUACAUAUAUAUGUAACAAAAAAAUUGAAUAAAUAUUUUAUCUAUCUUAGAUCGGCGAAAAAUUAGUAAGUUUAUAGAAUAACAAUAUUACCUAUAUUUAUCUGUUUAAAAUAUUUAUAAAUAAAUACAUUUUCUAUAAAAAAAAUAAUUGUUAUGGCACUUUUGAUAUGAAUUCUAAAAUUUAAAAUGUAAUUAUAUGCAAAUAAAGUACCGUACUAAUUACCCUAUAAUAUUUUAGUUUAAAUUAAUAUAGAGGUACAUUAAAUACAUAUUGUUCUGCGUUUUCAAUUUCAAAUUUAACAACUACAUAAAAAUUUGUUUAUUAAAAUUGAUAUAAUAUGGGAUUAUAUUAAAAUGCCAUAAGUGUAUUUGUUUUUAUUUUUCUGUUAGACACGAAUAAAAAUACCGUAUAUCUUAUAAUUUGAUAGAAUAUUAAAAUUGCAUUUCGCAAUUCCGCUCGACGGGGAGUGACACACUAUUAUUAUGUUAGUACCUAUAAUCUACAUAGCAUUAUAUGUCUUAUUAAUUCACGUUAAAAAAAAAAUCACUAUUCAAAUUUAACAAUCCUACUUCAGGGUAUUGUCGGACUGUCGACCUAUGUGUAAAAUUGCACAUCUUUGCGUGUCAAAUUUAGUUGUACAUUACAUACAAAAACAAAAAUAUCUUUUUUUAUUAUAUAAAUAUUUUAUCUAAAUUGUUUACAGUGGAUAAAGAAUCGUUAUUAAUGGACGUAGAAGAAGAGUCACAAAUUCAAUCAUUAAGUAUAACACAACCACCUCCAAUUUCAAUAUAUCUAUCCACAACCAUGAAUUGCCAACACCAAAAAUCUACCCCUCAAGUAUCGACUCAAACACCUAUGUCAGCGUCAACUACACCAGUGUCAUCAUUAAAUUUCAGUGUAAACGCGAUACUCAGUGGUGGAGGGUAUUCUAAUAGUCGUAGUCAUAGCACUAGCAGCAACUGUAGUACAGGAAGUAAUGUUAGUAACGGGUCGAGUCCUGGAUUCGGAGGGAAAAUUAUUUCACAUCAACAAAACAUGUUCGAUACCGAUCAUCACAAUCAACACUUGGCUUCUGCUGCAUUUUUGAGAAUUACAGCGGCGGCUGCAGCCGCCUCUGCAUCAUCGUCUUCUGGUAAGAUUAAUUAUUUUUUAUCGUUGGCAUGUAUGGACUUAGUUUCAAAUAAAAUAUCUAAUAACAAGAAAAAUAGUUAUGGUUAAAAGUGGCACUGAUUAAAAAUAUAUUAACAAAAUCAAUAAAAUCAUUCUCGUUGGCAAAAGUGUUCGAGACGAUAAUAUUGCAUAACAGCGUAAACAAUGGUAUCUUGUACUCAUUAUAAAAUUAGUGUAGGUAUUAUACAUGUAUGCACAUUGAAAUAAUUAUAAUAAUUAAUAAAAAACAUAAAAUAGAUAGGUACCACGCAAUUUGCAACUUUUGUUUGUGACAUAGACAUAAUCCAGAUUCUUGCAGUAUUUUAUAAUAUUAUUGAAACAAAUUGACAUAAUGAUAAAAAAAAUAAUUUAAAAAUGGAUUAUUGUUAUUAUAUUAUAAUUAUACAUAUUGGAUACCUACUUAUGUUUAUUUCACAUUAGUUUACUAUAAUUUUGAAAAAAUUGCAAAAUACCAGACACGUCGCACACAAAAUAAAAUGAUGGAGACUGGAGAGAUUCAUAGAUAAAAAAAAAAGAGCUGAUUAUGGGAGUGAGUGCGGCCACUGCUGUAGGUGGGUAAUUGGGAAGGUGGGAUACAUAAAGUAAUUUAUUGUACUUGUAACUAACGAAAUCCAUUGCUAACAAAAGACGAUUCCGAGUGCAGUUCGGCAAUACAUAAUUUGAAGUGCCGUAUUUUUUUUUGCAGUUUUAAUUGAAAUUUGAUUUAAAAAAAAUAAAGUCAUCCGAUGAUUUUGGAAAUUAUGCCUUGUCUAGGUAAGUCCAAUAUAAGUAUUAUUACCAAGUUUCAAAUCUUUACGUGUAUUUACACCAAAAAACUCCAAAAAUUAAAAUUCCUUAAAAGCUCAAGAGUGGCUCAAUAGUUUUUGCAAUGAUACAGUGAGAAAUCUAAUCGAAAAGGUAACAAAAAAGUUAUCUAGUGAUUUUUCGAAAUAAUUUUUUUUUUCUGAUAGAAAACGUCGUCCAUGUUUUUAUAAAAUAAUGAAAUCGUUAAAUUGUUCGUUUUCCUACAUUUUUUUCCCAAUUUAGUGCUUUUAUUUAAAAAACGACGGCGAAAAUCAAAAAAUAACAUUUUUAAAUUACCAUCUAGACAACUUGAGCUUUCAAAAAAAUUGCUAAAAAUUGGAGUAAGUUUACUAGGAAAAGACGUGUCCACAGAAAAAAAAAAUAAAAUAAACAUCUUAGUAAAACCAAUAACUCCCUCGUUACGCUUGUAAUCUAUAAUACUACACUCAAACACUAAGUACAACUUAUAAUGAACCUCCGGUCAUAUUUCCAAGCUUUUAUGUUCUAGUCUAACAAUUUUAUUCAUAGAGUACCUACCAAAUAAAAAUAACGUACAAAACUCGCAAAAUUAAAAUGUCUAUAAAUAGUCCAAAAAUGGGCCAAAUAUUUUGAACAUUUUACCACAUAUAAAAACAGCAGAGCGUCCAAAUUUCAAACUUCUGUGGAUAUUUUGUGGUUCUGUGGUUAUCGUUUUUCUAUUACAGCAAUAUUUUUUAUAGAAACAUAAUCCGUAAAAAUUAAAAAUAAUGAAAUCGUUGUGCCAUAAUUUGGAAAAAUCGUUUUUUUCUUAUUUUUCCAAAUUAUUAUAAAAAAUACUUUAGAUAUCAAAAAAUUGUUUUCUUUAAAAGUGGCUGUAUAUUAAUAGGAAUAAAAUCGAUCUCUUUUCAUUUUUCAAUUUGAAUAAGAUUUCUGGUAAAAACAAUAAUGUGUAAAAAUAAAAACAAUGAAUUUGGUUCGAAUUAUAUCGAAAAUCCCGUGGAAAGUCAAAAAAAUUAUCUCUCUAAUGCACCAACUAUACAGAAUUUCCUUUCAGAAAAUGUAUUAUGCUCUAUAGAUCAGUGCAUACCAAUAGAUCUCUCAUUAUGCUCCUAAUCUAAAAAAUUAACCAUUUUAAACUAUAGAAAUAUAGUUUAUGAUGCGUUUUUCAAAUUUCUAGCGGGGUUGCGUGAGGUUUGAUUCCAUAAAUUUCCCUCUGUACACGCACUUGUUAAACACUAUUUCAAAAUAUAACCUGGUUAAUAUUCUUUAUAUAAACCUACAUAAAACAUCCAUAAGAAAUAUUUUGACAGUUUCAACUUAGUAAAUAAUUCGAUUUGUGUAUAAAAAUACAAAUAAAUUAUUUUAAAACUAAUAACUCUAUAACAAUUAACAACUCGCCUGCUCAGAAUUUUUUUUUCUCAAAAUCUAAAAUUUAGGUGUUUACCGGUAAAUCGGCAUUUCUAUUAAGUUAGGUUAAAUGCCAGUGGUAUAUUUACACGGAUUCUUGUAGUCCGGACCCCCAAUCUUCCAGACUGCCCCUUUAAUAUCCACUACACUAUGUUCAAUUUUAUAUUUUUAAGUCAUUUAUUACAAAAUAACAGAUGUGUAUCAUUAUUUAAUGUAUGGUUGCCAAUUUAUCAAUAUAUUUAAAUAAUAUGGUAUGAUGUAAACUCUGUCUGCACAGAAUUAUUUUAGUCUUUUUUUUACAUUUUAUUUAUUAUUAAAGCUUUAAAUUAUAAAAAUUAUUUGUCCAAGUAUUUUAGUCUUGUUUAAUAAACAAUGUAUAUUGUUCUCAGUUACAAAUAACAUGAUUUGACAAAUAUUAAACAUACGUACCUAUUAUAUGAAGAUUAUUAAUCUUGACGUGUAAAAUUAUGACUAUAAUUAAAGGAAUUUGUUUAUUUGGAAAUUCUUUUUUUAACCUCCUAAGAUAAAAUCGUGGUAAAAAUUUAUCUUAUUACUUUUGGACUUUUUCCCAGCACAAUAUUCAACUAAAAUAUUUUAAAGCUUAAAUAGGUAUUCAGAUGAAUUAACUACUUAUAAAUAAUUUUAAUUGUGUAGAUUAUUUAAAAGUACAUAAGAUACAACGUGAAAGUGUGCUUGGACAAUACAUUUCAGUAUUAUUGUUUUUAUAUUUAAACAAAUAUUUGUUUUUUUCCAAAGAAAACAUAAUGUAUAAUUAAUUAGUUCUAAAUAAAAAUGAAAUUAUGAAUACUUCCUUUAAGUUAUGCUUGUAUCGGAGGCACAAAGGUACACAGUAAUUACACUAUAGUACAAUUAUGAACAAUAGAUUGUUAUUUACAAAUAAAAUAAAGAAUAAAAUAGUUAUGCAUACUUAAGAUUAAAAGGAAUAUAAAUAUUAUUAACAAAAAAUAUAUAUGUAAAAUAAUAAGUUAGAACUUGGAUUCUAUUUAUAAUUUUCAAGAAUCCAAUUUAGAACGGAUUGUUUUACUUUUAAAUAUAUAAGUAUAUUUGUAUGUAAAAUUUAAUUUGUGUUUAAUUUUAAAUUGUGAGUGGCGUAAGUAAUGUAUUGGUUUUAGAAUGUUCAUUUUUUUUUCAUCUAUAAACAACUUUUCUACCAGCAAUCUUGCACCGAUUUAAAUUGAUAGCACUUUUUCUGAAAGGAAACCUGACUGGAGUGAUAUUUUAGGAGGUUAUUUUUUGAUUUUCACAAGAAUUUUCCGAAUAAAUGGGAAAAACAUAGGAAAAUCGGGAAAAAACGUAAAAAAAAAGGUAAAAUAGGCACAAUAUGAAACAAAUAUCAUUAAUGAAAAUGUUUAAUGCAUAUCUAACUAUUUUACCAUAAUAUAACAUAUUAUAUAUUGUUGACAAAGCAACACUAUCAACCGAAAUCCGAUCAGAAACAUUUUUUCGUUAGUUAUGGUUAAUCGUUGCGUAUAGAUAUACAUUCAAUUCCUCCUCUACUCCCUUCCCGAUUUCUCACCUACAACAGUGACCCACCCACGUACGAAGUAUAUCCGUCUUUUUAAUUUUUCUUUUAUUAUUAUAAUUCUAUUUCAGUUAAUAAUAUAUGAUAGUAAUUUAAUAACAUCGGACUAAAAUGUUUCUAAAUGCAAUAAAAGAUUAAGUUUUAAGCCGAUCAAUUUUGCAUUUAAAAGGAUUUCACCACCAAUUCGUAUUGUUCGGCAUAACGGUCAAUUGUACGGUUCCUGUUCGAGUGUAAAUUCUCCUGAAUAAAGCCGGAUCUUAACAUUUUAAAACCCGGGGAAAAUGAAAAAGUUACUCUCAUUUCAGGGAAAUUAUCAGUUAGUAUUUGUUUUUACGAAAAAUCAAGCACACUUACACAAUAAUGUUAUUUCUAAGUUUCAAGUUUAGAAAAAAUAUUAUUGGUAAUAAUAAUAUAUGUGAAUUAUUUAUUAACGAAUCUAAAGUAUUUGAUUCUUAUUUUGAAUAUAAAAAGCUUUAUGUAAAUGAACAAUUUUUACACAUUUUAAAUAUCCGUUACAAUCAAAAUGUUUAGUAUCUAGGCACAGAAGAGGUACAAUGAAACAAAAAUAUAACUAGAUACUGAAAAUUGUAAGGUAAUACAAUAAAUACAAUACAUUAUAUUCAUGGUUUAAAUGUAUGUAUUAAAAUAUCUACAUUCUAAAUUUUCUAAAUAUAAACUAGCUAAUUUUAAUAUUUAAAACUUUAUUUUUCUGGCUUUGAUCGUGGAAAAAUUAUCAAAAAUUAAAUUAAAAUUAACUGUCUUUGUGAUUUCUUCUUGUGAUCUCAUCAAAUAUAAAAAAAUGGUAAAAUUGGAAAAAUGUACGAAAUAUAUUAGUUAAAUAUUAGGAAGAAAAUAUAUAAUGCCUAUUUAAUUAUUUUACCAUAAUAUGACAUAUAUAUUGUUGACAAAACAUCACUAUCAACUGAACUCCAUUCAGAAUCGUUUAAAUACAUUAAAUUACCUAUAACAGUGGCUACACCCGUCCCCAUUAUCCUAGGACAGCUUUUUUUUAAUUUAAAAUUACAAUUAAUGUUCCAUUUGUAGAAUAAAAUUUUAAACAUAAUUUUUCAUCUCUCAUAAUCUACAUAAUUUAUAAAGAAUUUUUACAUUACUUACCUAUAUUAAUGGAAACGAAAUCACAAACCAUCUUUUAUCACUAAUUGGGUAGCGAAACUAAAAAUUAAAAAUAUUUUGCCCCCAUCUAUUGGUAAAUUCAUGCAUAUAAUUUCGGUCUCUAUUAAUAACAAACAUAAUUCACACAUUUUCCUAACAUAAACUGUAGGCUGCAUGCCGUUUAAUCAACCUAUAGAUUUAGUCUUGGUAUUGUAGUACUUAUUGUUAAUUUUGUUUUUACUAAACUGAAUACCUACUAAUGACAAUAUUUCUAUUAUGCCUUUUUCUUUCUUUUUUCUACUUCUUCAUUCGCGUCAUUCAUCACUUCGUCAUUCUUACAGCGACUUUAAAUUACGGUUGAUAGGUCAAUAUAUUAUAUUAAGAGGUAUUAAAUAAAUCGUUUUUUUUCUUUCAAACUCAGUUUGUUUCAGUAUAAACUCAUAAUGGAAAAAACCUGAUGUUUAGGUAAUCCUAUACUUAAUAAUAUAAAAAUUACAUUUGAACAAAUGGUUUGUUUACGUAUCUAUAAUAACAGCCUAUUACUCAUUAAUUAAUUUAAGAUAAUUUUAUAUAUUAUUUUAAAUAAUAUACAAUAAUAGGUAACUACUUUAAUUGAAUAUUAGCUGUUUUGUUAGUACGUUGAGUGCUUGUGAAUCAUAUUUCAUUUCUCUACUGUUUACUUUCUAUAUUAUAAAGAUUUCGUUUUAUCCCCUUGUAAUUCUAUACAAUGGUUGAUUGAUCGACUAUAAGAGUGUGUGUGUUAUUAGGAUACGUUCGGUCAAAUUGUAUAUAGUUUAAACAUUUUGUAUAUAGUUUUAUGUUACCAUUAUUUGUAUAAUAGCAAUCAAUACUUAAAAGCUUCAGAUAUACAAUUAUUUCAGCUGUGUUUGUUGUUAUGUUAUAUACGCAUUCAACGAGAUAAUCGAUUAUACGAGUACAACGUAUUAAUUUUUAUUUUUUAAAUAGAUGAGUGGUGUUUAAGUAUUAGUUACAUGUCGAACAUCGUGUAGUAGGCAUAGUUACCUAGGUAUCUCAUAAAAACCAUAUUUAUUGAAUAUUUAGCUAUAUAAAUAUAAUGUUGACAAUUUCGAAUAGUAGACUGCAUCUAACCAAACAUUAUUGCCAAGAUAUAAUAUACAGUGUUGGGAAGGAACAAAGCAUGAAAUUCAUUAUUUUUAAAAUUAACUUUUCUAAAAAAGGAACGAGGAAUGGGAACGAAUUCCUUUUUAAAAGGAACCUGUCCAACACUGGAUAUAUAGUUGGUUAUUUUAUUUCGUAAAAACUUUGUAGUAUAAACAUUUUAAACCCAAAUGCAUAUAUUAAAUGAUUAUUAAAAAUUUACAAUUAUUAUAAUACUCGUAAUAGCAAUAUUUUUAUUGAAUAAAUAUUAUUAUUGUUGGUUGUUACAAUAAGAUAUUUAACUAUAUUCUGCAUAAAUCGGUUGUAUAGGUAUAUAAAAAUAAAUAAAUAUGCAAACAAAAGUUUGUAAAUGACAGCACUAAAUGGCUAGUUCUAUAAAUUUACCAUAAAACCUUUCUACCAGUUUUCGGGUAUAAGAUGAAAGGAAUGGUAUAGUUAAAAAAAAUGCAAGAAAAGGAAGAGAAAAUAAUAGAAAGCGGUUCCGCCCACUAUCACCAUAAUAACAAUAAUAAUAAUAAUAUACUAUAAUAUAACUGCGUCCCUUUACUAUACUAUAUAUAUUAUAUAUUUGCUAACUGAAUUACCGGCUUCAAAUGUAAUAAUUUCACCGGGGGCUUAGUUUUAAAGGAUUAUACUACCUUACAUUAUUUAAAGCCUCGUUACACAUAGUCUACCCCUGGUGCGUAGACUUAGAAAUUGAUAGUAUAACUAGACUUUCAGAAGCAGGGCCAGAUCUAAGGGUGGGGAAAGUGGGGAUUUAUCCGCUGGUGUAAAAUUUUCCAGGGCAUAUUUUUUUAAGGUUUCAUAAACUCUGAUCAAAUUGAAAAUGGAAUUUAAAAUAUGUCAUAAGUACAAAAAAAUAUUUUAAAAUACAUUUUUUUUUGACAUUACUUAUGAUUUUAAAUAUUGGCUGUAUAAUAAUAAUAUGUUAUUUUAUUUUUAACCGUUAUAGCAUUGAUUUAAUAUGUACUGAUAGGCACACAUCAGCGUGGCGUGAAAAAACCCAUUCGCCACUGUUGGCGGGAGUCGGAGAGUACAUUGUCAUAGAUAAUGAGUACAAGGGGAAGCUUAUUAUGCCUGCGUGGUGGCUGUCUGUCGUUCUAAUAAUAAAAAAAAUUGUUCAGAUAAAUGAGAAAUUAAAAUAUUAUUGAAGUUUAUUAUCAUUAUAAUAUUCGUGUGGUGUGUGUAUGUCCGUGUUACAUCGUAUUUCCGUUUCAAUUCUAUCAACAUUUCAAGUGAAAUUCAACACACGACGUAUAUCCUAUAUAAUAGUAUUAAUUAGUUUAUAAAAUAAGUUUUUAUUAAAUUCCAUUUUAAUUUUGACGCUGCAACUGUUAAAACCCGUGCUCUGUUAUUAGUAGGUAUUCAGUUUAGUAUAAACAAAAUUAACAAUAAGUACUACAAUACCAAGACUAAAUCUAUAGGUUGGUUAAACGGCAUGCAGUCUACAGUCUAUGUUAGAAAAAUGUGUGAAUUAUAUUUGUUAUUAAUAGAAACCGAAAUUAUAUGCAUGAAUUUACUAAUGGAUGGGGGCAAAAUAUUUUUAAUUUUUAGUUUCGCUAUCCAAUUAGUGAUAAAAGAUGGUUUGUGAUUUCGUUUCCAUUAAUAUAGGUAAGUAAUGUGAAAAUUCUUUAUAAAUUAUGUAGAUUAUGAGAGAUGAAAAAUUAUGUUUAAAAUUUUAUUCUACAAAUGGAACAUUAAUUGUAAUUUUAAAUUUAAAAAAAGCUGUCCUAGGAUAAUGGGGACGGGAGUAGCCACUGUUAUAGGUAAUUUAAUGUAUUUAAACGAUUCUGAAUGGAGUUCAGUUGAUAGUGAUGUUUUGUCAACAAUAUAUAUGUCAUAUUAUGGUAAAAUAAUUAAAUAGGCAUUAUAUAUUUUCUUCCUAAUAUUUAGCUAAUACCUACAUUUCGUUUAUUUUCCAUUUUUCGUUAGUUUCUUCUCAAUUAUUGGGAAAACUCCUGAGAAAGUCAAAAAAUGACCUUCUUAAAGUACAAUGUAGAUAAAAUUUCCUUUCAGAAAAGAUGCUACAUUUGAUACAUCGGAGUAAGAUUUCUAGUAGAAAACUUUACAUAACAAGUUAAGGGGUAUUUUUUGAUUAAAAUAGUUCAAUCGAACGAUGGCUUGGUCUCUAGUUACACCUAAAAUGCCUUUAUUUUUUCCCUUUAACCUAAACAAGGACAAAAACAAAUAUACGCAUUUUUUCGGUUUGAACUCGCGACCUCUAAGAUGGCAAUAAGAAGGUAGCAUCACCAGACUAGUGACAACAACAGACAUAAUUUAAAAUUGACAAUAUAGAUAGUUAUUUAACAUAACAUAUAAUAUUCGUAUAGUAUCAGAUCUUUAAAAAGCUAUAUAUAAAACUAUAUAAUUUCGAAACUAAGUCAGUACACUCAAUUUUGACUUCACCGUCGUUCUUAAAUCGGCUAUAUACAUAAUUUAUGUUCAAAACAAAAGAUUGAAAAAUUAGAUUUUAUACACUUAAAUAAUGAUUUUUGUCAAAAUUUGAUUCUAAAAUUGCGUUAUAAAAAAUAUAAUACAUAAAGUUCAAUUUUUUUUUUUUACUAGAAAUUAAGUCUUAUUAUCUUACGGAUUAUUUAUCCAAUAAAAAUUAAAUGAUUACAUUUUUUUGAAAAUUUGACCACGUCUAUAAAAAGUAAGUUUUCUGUCCAAAUUUCAAGUCUCUACGAAUAUGUUUAACUGAAUUAUAGCAAAUAAUAAAAGCAUUAUUUUUAUACAUUUUUCGUUUUUCUUAAGUUUUAUCCUGGUUUUUCUGUUUUUCCCAGCGGUGAAAACUGAAAAACUGAAAAAAGCGCUAUCAUUAUAAAUUGGAACAAAAUUUAGCUAGUAGAAAAGUUGUAUACAAAAAAAAGAAGUCCGUCAUAUUUUAAAUUCUAAGUGGAGCAAAGAAGUUAAUGGUUUUACAAAGAUAUAUAUAUUUUUUUUUCAAUAUUUCUACUAGAAAUCUAUUUUUAUUUUUUUUUCUGCGGACUUUUCUACCAGCAAUUUUGCUCCAAAUUUUAAUGAACAAUAUUUUUUAAAAGGAAAUUUCAGUUUUAAUAUCAAUUUUAGAUUUUUUCUGAACAGUUUUCCCAGAAAAUGUAAAACACCAGGAUAAAACAUGGAAAACCGCGAAAACGUAGGCAAACUGGGAAAACCAGUAUAAUAUUAAACAAAUAUUGUCAAAGAAAAUAUAUUAAACCUAUUUAAUUAUUUUACUUCAGUAUGGCAUAUACAUUAUUGACAAAGCAUAACUAUCAACUGAACUCCGCUCAGAAUAGUUAUUUCGUAAGCAAUGGUUUAUUAUUGAUCAUACAAUAAUAAUAAAUACUGAUAUACAUUAAAUUCCCAUCUGUAUCCUACCUUCCCAACAUCACACCUACACCAGUAGCUGCACCCGUCCCCAUUAUCACCACUUCAAUGCAUGUAUAAUAUUAAAACUGAUUUCGAGCGUCGACAAGCGGGUGAUCAACGGGCAAGGUUACGGCGUAGAGAUGCGUGGCAGUGACCGGCUUAGGUCGGCGAGCAGCCCGAUCUCUCGUGGAAUAGAUUAUAUAUUUCUUACAUUUUCCCAUUUUCCUCCAUUUUAUCCCAAUUUUUUCCAUUUGUCAAAAAAACUUAUGGAAAAAUAAAAAAUUACCUCUCUAAAGUACCUUUCUAGUCAGAUUUCCUUUUAGAUGUUAAUAUUGUAAAUUGGAGCAAAAUUGCUGGUAGAAAAGUUGUUCACAGAAAAAAAAUAAACUUCUUUGUAAAACUAUAAGCUUCUUUGCUCUACUCAAAAUAUAAAAGUUCAGGUGUUUUGUAUAACAAGAGAAUUCUACUGAAACUUAAAGUUACAUUUUACGUUUAAGUUAGGUUUUUACUAAUAUAUUUCGUACAUUUUCACAUUUUUCCUCCUUUUUUUUCGUUUUCUCACAUAUGAUGAUAAAACUCUUGGAAAAUCUAAAAAUGACCUCCCUAUAGUACCUCACCACACUGAUUUCCUUUCAGAAAAGGUGCUACACUUAAAACAGAAGCAAGAUCUCUGGUGAAAAAGAUGUCGACAGAUAAAAAAAAAAAAACAACUUUGUAAAGCAUAAGGUUCUUCACUCCACUCAAAAUCUAAAAGAAACAUCUUUAUAAAACCAAUACAUUCUUCGCUAUACUCAGAAUCAAAUAAUUCAACAAUUUAGUAUACUAAUUUUAAAUAUAGAGUGUAUCGAGGGAUUUAUUGGUUUUACUAUGAUGUGUGUGUGUUUUUUUUAUGUCUGUAAACAACUUAUCGAAAACAAAUCUUGCUCCAUGAUGUAUAGAGUAUAUCACAUUUACUAAAACUAAAUUCUAUUAAGUAUGUGAAUUAGAGAGGUUCCUUCUUAACAGUUUCUUAUAUUCUAAAAAAUCUAACUGAAUUAAUUUAGUAUUAGUCAUUACGUUAUGAAACAAUAAUAUAAUCAUAAAAAAUAUUGCAUAAUAUAUUCUGCAACCACUAAAGUAGCUACUACCACCACCACCAUUCACCACCACCCCAAAAAUCGAUACCCCGGGUUCGGCGCCACUGUUCGACGGUUAAAAACAAACGAAAUGCUGAUAAUGAUAAUAUUAUUAUUAUACAAAGUGUCCGACGAAGAUAUACAUACCCAAUUAAUAUCUCCAGAGAUAAUAAAGAUAUUCAAAUUUUGUUUUUUUUUUUUUUUACAUGACUCACGGGGAUUAGGAUUGAAAAUAUUUAUAUUGCAAUUAAUGUUUUAUGCUUUAUAAAAAACUUAAAAAAUAACUUUAUUUUAUUAUUUUUGAAAAAUGUAAAGAUAGCUAUUUUAUAGAAUUUAUCUUCUGAAAAUUUUGACGUAUCAACUUUUUAUUUUCAUUAAAUCCGUGAUUUUUAAUACGUUUUUUAAUUUCAGAGAAAAGAAGUGUACAGUCAAUUAAUCGUAAUAAUUAUAAUCAAUUAGAGAGUACGAUUACAUCCUACUGCAUUGUAUGACAAUCAUUAUAUUACCUAUAAUUAUUUACAGAAAUUUUCGCUUUUUGCUACUUAUUCUUAAAUACAUACAGUUUUGCUAUAUAAAUUUAAUAAAACUAUAACUAGUUUAGUUUAACAUAAUUAUAAUAAUAAACAUUCAUUUAUUAUAUAACUACUCACUUUUGCCAUCAAUCGUCAAGACAUAAUAAUUUGUAGUAACGUUGUUUCGAAUUUUAAUCGAUUUAAACGUUCUUAAACACACUAUUUUAUAUGAAUUUAUUCAUCUUUUAUACAAAACGUGGAUAUUUAUUCAUAGAAUAAUUACAAUUACUUGAUCGUUUACAAUAACGGUUAAAACUGUAAUUUAUUAAUAUUUCCUUUCAACUUAACAACUGUUCUAUUAAAAACCAGAAUAUUAGUAUGAAUGGCUUUAAACAGUUUUAAUACAAAACUUCAUGUUAAAAAAAUCGUUUUAUUUCAAAAUUAAUAUUAUUUAGUGGAAAACAGUUUAUGAUGAAAAUUAAAAAAAUGUCAUACCUAAAAAAGUUACGAGUUUUUUUUUUUAGUUGUAUAAAAGCCACUUUUAAUCUUAAAUAUCUAACGUCUCAUUCAAGUAAAUUUAAAAUCAAUAUAUCAUCGAUCCCUAGAAAAUUUCGUUGUCUUUAAUUAUCAUAAUGAUUGAAAAUUAUAAAAUCUCUUUAAAAGAUACAUUUUUCCGGCUUACGUAAACAUUUUUUUAAACAAAUUUCAUGAUAGGUAUAACAAUAAAUACUUAUAACCAGGAUACGGACGGUUUUUAAAUUUAUACGAAAUUAAAUUUGAACAUUCUUUUUCCUUGAGUUAUUUUAAUGUAACCUUUAAGUGUUCUUUAAGUAUUACCUUUAAGUAUUCACUCGGUUCGGCUGGCGGAUCGGCUUGGCCAAGGUGCAUGUAAGUUAAAUCAGAAAAUUAUAACCAAAUAACCAAUAAAAUAUUAAAUUUAUGUCACAAUUCUUAUAAUAUACCUAUUAUACAAAAACAUAAUAUGUAUAUUUUCCAAUCGUAAUAUGUUUAGGCCCAAUGUUUUGUCUACCGUCGAGUACUUCUAUCACGCCGUCUACGUCUACCUUUUUGACGGACACGACCAGGACACCGACGACGUGUUCUCAGCAACAAACAUUGCGCACCAUUGCCAAGCCCAUUGCACGUCGGCUAACAAACGCGGGAAACACGAGUGGGCCCAACGGGAAUCUUCAUAAUUCGACAUUACUGGCGUUGGCUACGGCUGCCGCGGCUGCGGUAAACUCUGCGUCCAAUAUACCUGCCAGCGGGGGCGACGGAUUAACGAACAGCGUCAACGACAAUUGUAGCGGCGGUAUGUGCAUUUCACCCACGUUGGGAAACCCAGCCAUGUCGUCUUCCUCUACACCGACCGGUAAUUAAUUUUUAGUUUGGUUUAUUUUUAAUUAGGAAGUGACAAUUUUCUGUCUUUAUCCUUCACACGUGAGAUAUAGGGAUUUAGAUAUUUUUUAUUUCCAACGUUCCGAUUUAUCUAGUGAAGCGAUAAGAAUUCUGCAAGUAGAUUUGAAUUUACGUGAAGUGUACUUGAAAUCAAAUUUACUAUUUAUUAAAUCUAUCUACUUAAAUUCUAAAAAAAUAUAUACUAAUAAAAGAGUAAUUGAAAAAUUGGAAUAUUUUAAUUUUUUGAGAAAUUUAAUUCAAAAAUCAAAAAAAUAAGAAAGUCGAUCUCAAGUAGACUUCACGGCAAAUUCAAAUUUGCUUUCAGAAUUCUUAUCGCUUCACUAGAUAAAUGGGUACGUUGGAAAUAAAAAACGUCUAAAUCCCUAUAUCUCACGUAUGUAAGACAAAGACAGAAAUUCGUCGCUUCCAAUCCCCUUAACAUAGGAUCGCUACAUCUGCAACAUUUAUCGUUCGAGUGGUUAUACAUCUUGAUCUAAUUUUGAACCAAAUAUAUGACAUAUAUUUGACUCUAUUGGUCAUUCUCCAUCCGUUAGGCUCGAAAUUUCAAUCAAUGCAACUUUUCUAUAGUUUUUACAAUCAUAUUAUUGUGACUAUAUAAACACCUAAUUUUCCAGAUAUUCUUUCCGUACUGUUAAUUAAAUUAAUCGCUGUCCCAUUCGUUUGGUUUUUGAGUUUUUAAUAUUUUCCUUAUAAUAUAGAGAUUAAUUAUACGUAAUAUUAUAUUCAUCUGCUCAUAUAAAAUUGGCGUUGUUACCAAAAACAACGCCAGACCAUGAAAUGAUUAAUUGCUUCAAUUUUGUUUAAAGUAAUUUGUAAUCUUCACCGUUAAUCGUUUAGUAUAUUAUAGCAGUUUUAGUUAGUAUUAAUAUAGUAGUAAUAGGUAUUAAUAACGUUAGCCAAAGUUUGUUGUUUUCUGUUAGUUUGUUAAUAAACUUUAUAAUAUACAUAUUAUUAGCCAGUGACCCGGAAGAAAUUUUCUCUCAAAUGGUAUAAUGCGCUCGGAUUUAAAAAAAAAAAAUCUGGUGAACAAUUAAUUAUAAAAUAAUAAUUGUUGUUUAUAGUCGGCUUGGGGGAUGUUCCCGACCCUCAACUUCAAAAUUCCAAAAUCAUUCCGUUCGUUUGCACACAUGUUUAUACUUAAUCCCAUUUCAAGGUAUCGUCAAUGUAAUUUUGCGAACUCAUUUUCACACGAUGAUCAUCCAUAUACCUUCCUAUAUAGUAUAGAAUCCUAUGCUAUCCUGUAAAACACGAUUGAGUACUGUGAUAGUGCGUUAUGUGUAGCACCUUGAGUUAUAUAUACAUUACCUAAACUAUCAAUAACUCCAGUCGGGUCGGCCUAUUUUGGUCCGAAAAAACUAAGUAGAUACUGUUUUUUCUAUAAAGUCCAUAUAUCUAAUAACCGCGUAUUUUUGUUAAUAUUAUAUUAUUAGUCCGGGGAAAAAAGAAACCGUUAUCGCGUUGCGUAUAUUAUUGCAAUACCCUCUUGUUGUAAUUACAAUUUUCUAUACGCUAUAAAUUUGAUUACACUUAUUACCGUAAAGUUUAUAAGGCCCCUAAAUCAGAAACAGACUUGCAAUAUAUGAUCACGCGAGAAUAUGUUUUUGACGAAUGAUACCGUGCGUUAAAAUAGAUCGUUAAACGCAUUCGCGUAUACGUCGUAAACAUACUCGUACUCGUUGCGUCUAUAGCGCACUGGCCGACACGUGCCUCCGACCUCCGUUCGGCUGAAAUGUCAUUGGCAGCACACGCAGCAGCAGUUGGUGCGGUAUGCACCAACUAACAAUUCAUAACCAUAUUAUUAUAAUAUUUUAUUACAUUGCAUUUUAAUCGUUGAUCCGGGCGUUUUAUAUUAAAAGUAGGUACCUAUAGGUACUAUUAUUUGAGGAUUAUUUACAAAAACUAAUGCGCGGCGAUCAGGAGGUGAAGAUCGUUCUGGAUAUGUAACAAGAUCUCACAACUUUCACCUGAUUUAUUCAAAUAAAUUAAUUUCGUGGUGAUUUCGAUCGAAAUUAUUAUUGGUUUCAUAAAUCGUAUCAUUAGAAGUCAUAGCGAAUGUCUCAAAGAGUGUAUUAGUUUUACAAAGAUGUUUAUUUUUUUUUCCUUUUUAUUUAUUUUUUUAUACUGUGUACAAAAAUCUACCAAGAAUCUUACUCCAAUAUGUACACUCGGCACCAUUUCUGAAAGGAAAUAUUGUCCAUUUGGUACUUUUAGGAGGUGAUUUUUUUAAUUUUCCAAGUGGUUUUCAUAAUAUAUGGGAAAAACCAGAAUAAAACGUAAGAAAAUGGGAAGUUUACGAAAAUAAUAUAUUUAUUAUUAUUUCAAUUGUGUUAUUUAUUGUAAGUCAGUAAAAAAUAUUCGUUAAGACUUGAAAUUUGGACAGAAAACUUAUGUUUGCCUUUUCUAGAUAUGGUAAAAUUUUUAAAAUAUUUAAGCUAUUUUUAAGCUUUUUAUAAAAUUUUUAAUAUUUUUGAAGAAAUUCAGUUAAAAUAUUCGUACCGACUUUAUGAACUUAAAAUUUGGACAAAAAUGUAUACUUGCUUAGACGUGGUAAAGUUUUCAAAUAAUUUAUGCCAUUUUUUGAGCAAUUUAUAGACAUUUAAAUUUUGCGAGUUUUGUACGUAAUUUUUAUUCGAUCGGUAUUCUGUUGUAAAAUUGUUAGAGUUUACAGAAAUGUUUGAGAAUUUCAAAAAAGUUCAUUAGGCCUUACUGUGAGGUUAAAAAACUGUUAAAUAACUAUAUAUUGUCAAACUUAAAUAUGUUUGUCGUAGUCUAAUGGUAACACAUUCCUAUUGACAUCCUAGAGAUCGUAAGUUCAAACCCAAGUUUCAAAACAGCUCUUUACAUUUUUUUCUCCCUUUUACUAAAAUAAGGAAAAAACCAAUGCAUUUUGGAUGUACCUAGAGUCCCAAGUAAUCGCUCGCUCGGACUAUUUUAAUCGCAAAAUACCCCUUGAUUUGUUAUGCUAACUUUUCUACCAGAAAUCUUGCUCCGAUGUAACAAGUGUAGCUUAUUUUCUGAAAGAAAAUUAUAUUUACAUGGUACUUUAGGAGGUCAUUUUUCGAUUUUCGCAAAAGUUUUCCCAGCGAAUGUAAAAAAUCGGGAAAACCGGGAAAAACGUAGGAAAAACGGGAAAAUCAGUACAAUAUUAAACAAAUAUUAUUAAUGAAAAUAUAUAAUGCCUAUUUAAUUAUUUUACCAUCCUAUAACAUAUAUAUUGUUAAAAAAGCAUCACUAUCAACUGAACUCCGCUCAGAAUUGUUUUUUGAUUAGCAAUGGUUUAUCGUUGCUUACUGAUAUACAUUAAAUUUUCCUCUAUAUCCUAUCUCCUCAGCUUUCCACUUACAACAGUGGCUGUACCCAUAAACUAAGUAUGUCCGUUUUCAUUUAAAUAAUGAAAACGUUUACAUAAACAGCUAACAUCAGUAUAGUGAAACCUGACCUAAAGGUUUUUAAAAUCAUAUUUGAUCAUCAUUUGUACUCAAUUUACCUGCCGGUUAUCUAACACUGUUAUAUUUUUUAUUUAGUGUUUGGUAACAUAUUGAUUUUUUUUUUUUAUAAAAACAACUUCGGUCAGAUCUAAUAAAUUGAAUUUUUAAACUUUUUCUCAUUUUAUUUGAUUAAUUUUAAACUGUGAGCCUGAUUGUUGUGCUUCUUCGACAGUUAAAAAAUGUCAUUAAUUCGGGAAUUCUUUAUAUUUUUAAAGUUUUAAAAUUAAAUUUGGUAAAAAUUGAAAAUUAGAUUUUUAGAGAGGGCUUUAUGAAAACUUUUAUUUUAUUUUAAACGUAUCAUUUUCGUAAUAGUCUGCAGUAAAAUUCUUAUACUAAAGGUGAAAUUAAAAAUUGUUUAGCAAAUAAUAGUUAUUGAUUCAUUCAACAAUUUCGAACUUGUAUGGUGCAGCAUCACUGACAAAUAUCAAUACUUUCCGGUACUGCAGGUGAUAUAAUACAAACUGAUAGAACUUUUGUUUUAGAUUUUGGAACACAAUUAAUUUUUCUGUCUUUAUAAAAAAGACAAUAAACGAAUUAAAGACGUUCAAAUUAAUAUUUUAGAUUCUGAACGAUUUUGGUUUGUAAUAAAUAAUGUGUCAAGUGUACUUUUAGCGUACUAAAGAAUCUAUUGAUUUUACUAAAACGUGUUUUGUAUUUGUGAGCAUAGGAAAACUGGAAAAUAUUUUUUCGGAAAAAAAAGUAAUAUUUGUGGCAUACCACGGGAUUUUAAUUUGUGUGCGCUAUGUUUGCUACUAGAAAUAUGGCUUUAAUCAGAAAAUGCCAAGAGACUAUUUUUAUUAAAUUUUACAUCUAGUUGCUGAAGAAGUAAGUCUUGUUUUAAUUUUCCAGCAGCUUUCAUAAUAAUUGAGGAAUACCGAAAAAAGGCGAAAAAUGAAAACGAAUGAAUAUUUUUGGCAAACGAUUUCAUUAUUUAAAUAUUUAUGUUUUCUACUAGUAAUAUUUUUCCAAUCGAAAAACAACAGGACAUUUUUUAAGUAAGCAUUUUAAUGUGAGAUAAUAGUAUUUAAAACGUUAGAACCGCUAGAGAAGAAACUUUAAAACUCCUCUAUUAUUUUGAGAAUUUUAAAUAUUUUUAAGUUCAUUUUUGGUAUUUUUGAGUUUUUUUUAUGCUUUCUAAUAGUCACAAUUUCCAAGCCUUAGUAAUGUAAAUAACUACGGAAAAACUAAAAUAUUUACACAAUAAUAGUUUCUGUUCAUUUCGAUUUUGUUUGAGAUGUUGUAAGAAGUGAGGAAUUUAUUGAUUUUACUAUAAUACUCGUAUGUGCGGAUUUUUUUUAUGUGUGUUUGUGAACAACUUUUAUCAAAAAUCUUGCUCCAAUCAAAAAACGAUAGAAAUAUGUUUUUUAAAUUUUUGAUCUAAUUGCAUUUGAUGCAUUUCAAGGUAUUUGUUCAAAAUUAUUUUAGUUUUCAUGAUGUUUGGGAAAAACCGGGGGAAAAAGAUAGGAAACACGGAAAUAACUAUUUCAUUAUUUUUGAUUUUUUUUUUUUUUUGUAAUUAGGUGUCAAUUAAUCGCAUACAAAUGUAAAGUUUUCAAAGAACACUUAUAUUAGCUUUUUCUAAUCGUGGUAAGAUUUUUGAGUUAUUGAUAGACAUUUAACAUUAUCUAUGAUUAGGAUAGGUUUUAUUUCAGUUUUAGGAGCUUUUACUUGAGUUUCAUCAUCUAAAAUAAUGUUUAGCGAACCAAAGUAGUUUUUUUUACGCUUUUAAAUUUCAAAAUUUGACAAAAAUUAUGGCAUUUUAUACGUAACUUUUAUUCGGUAGGUACUAUAUGUAUAAAAUUGUUAUAUUAAACAAAAAUGCUUGUAAAUAUGACAGGAAGUUCAUUAUAAGCCUAUUACCGCCUUUCAAAACAUAUAUAACCAAACUUCACUUCGAAUCGUUUUUCGUUGGCAAUGGUUUAUCGUUGAUUACAGGUAUAAUAAAUAACUUUAUGUAUCCUACCUUCUUAACUAUUCACCUAAAAUAGUGGCUGCACCCGUCCCCAUUUGUAGCUUUUUAUUUUUUAUAAUUCAGUAAAAAUCAAUCAUAGAGAAAUGAAACUUCCACUAGAUAUUUAUAUAUAUAUUAUAUUAUAUAUAUAUAAUUUUAAACGCUGUACAAUUUGUAACAUAUUGAUAUUGUUCGAGUAUUUUUGUAGCUAUUUAGAAUUUUCGACUUUUUAGUUUUUUUUUUUUCAAUUGAAUUGUAUGAACGAGUUACAAAAAAUAAUUUUUUCUUUGACAAACAAUAUACCUAUCUUUGGAGAAAAAUAAUAUUAUUUAUAAUUUAUAUAUUUAUGUAUCUUUGGCUAGCCAAAAAAAAACUUAAGUUGUUUUUGUUUGUUUCUGUAAACAACUUUUCUACCAGAAAUCUUGUUUCAAAAAACAACUUUAAAAGAACUUUUUUGUAGCAUUUUUUAUUAAUGGGGACAUUGGCGAAGUCAUUUUUCGAUGUUUAAUGUUGUUUUUUUUAAUAACAGUUUACUUGCUCCAGUUUUUGCUGGCUAUCCAGCAAAUGGUUAUUAUGCAAAAACAUUUGCUAUUUUCGUUGAGAUUUUAUGUCAAAACUAAAAUCGCAUUAUACAUAAAAUAAUAAUAAUAAUAAUAUCUUAUCGGGCGAUAUUCGGAUCUUUAUUAUCGAACAAUGUAAUAUUCAGAUUCAAUAAGUAUUAUACCGGAGUGCUAAUAAAUAAUAAUCGAUAAAAUUAAAACGUCAACUUUUGUAGUAUUAUUUAUAUUAUUAUUUUAUUGUUAUAAGAGAUUAAUAAAUCGAGACGAAUUUAUUUAAGAAGAAUGGAAAUGCAUAAGGAAAAGAACGCGUGAACAAGAGAAAUAACCGACUUGUGAACCCCGCCCGUACGGCCGCACGGGGCGCAGUGUAAUCGAAUGCUGCACGGCGAUUCCCGUCCCUCUUUUCCUAUCGUCACUCGGUCCGCUCCGUUGUUCUAUUACACCUCUCCGCGCGUCGCGCCGCCGCCGAAGGCAUACUCAUUCGCCGCCAACCCCCUCGGCCGAACCUGUCAAACGCACGCGCUACACACCAUCCCCAUCUGCAGCGGCGCUACCCUUGUUCCCGGCUCUCUUUUCCACUCACUUAUUAUAAUAUAUUUAAUAAUCCAAUCCGGCCGCAAAAAAGGGACCCUUCCGCACCACCGCCGCAGCCGCGUAUUCUUCUUACUAUUGAAGUCAGUUGCACACACACACAGACACACACACUCGCUCAUACCGCUCGCGCCGAUUAGUGUUGUUGUCGUUAUUAGCGUCUGUUGCACCGGAUUGCAUUUCUGUUUUUUAUUUUUUUAUUAUUAUUAUUAUAUUUUUUCCGUCCCCUAAAUUCACUAUAUAUAUAUAUAAUAAAAAUAAUAACGAUAUUAAAUAAUUAGAAAAAUAAAUAAAAUCGUCUACUAGACAUAAUAACAUAAUGCGCGGACGAUGGCCGCAGUGCAACAUACUGUCGAGCAUUAAAUAAUAACAAUAUAUCAUGUAACAUAAUGUUAUAGGCCCGUGACUAAAACGCGUAUUACGGUCGAGUUAUUUUAAGGAUAAAAAUUAUUAUUAUUAUUAUUAUUAUUAUUGUUAUUAUUAUAGUUAUUAUUAUUAUUAUUGCAACACGUGCUGCUGUACUAUAUAGCGGCGCGAAUAUUGUCGCCUCGCUUUUCGCAAUGUGGCGUUGACGUAACGUGCAGUAUAAUAAUAAUCAUAAUAAGACGAGAGAAGGUAACAGCUGCGGUCGCUUAUAUUAGUAUUUAUUUAUUUAUACUCGAACGUCUUCUCAGAUUACAAACAAUAAUAAUAAUAAUUCGGGAAAUUUACCGGUGCGGCCCCAGGAGCUAUUUAUCAUAAUAUUAUAAUAUAGGUACCUAAACGGACUAAACGACUGAAAUAUUUUUAAUAAAAACCAUAACUAUUAGGUAUAGACAUCACUGGGCGUAUACGCCCGGGGCUAUCCAUAUGCGGUACUAAACGCCAAACAGAUUACCAAAACCUUCAGUAAAAUUAACGUUUACUAACCUCUCGGCCAAAGGGCCGAGAGGGUCAACACUACUCGAAACUAGACGACCCACAGAUCGCCGAGUACAAUACAUUUAUGUGUCUGAUAUUCUUAUGCACUGUGCGAUGUUCUGAAGCCAACUAUAGCUACAUAUAUUCAACUGAUACAAAUGUAGUUUAAGCGAAGGCUUAAUUUAUUAUUAUUGACUAUUGAACAUAACAACUUAUAUAAAUUUCAAAUUUUCAUUAAAUAGGUAUUACAUUUUCGAAUACCAAUAUUGUUAGGUAGCAUUAUUAUUGUUAUUUGUUUAUUAUAAUUUACAAUAAAUAACCCACGGCAACUAAGCCAUUGAUAGGUUACAAAAGGCAAUUUAAUGUAUAUCUGUAAGCAACGAUAAACAAUUGCUAACGAAAAAACGAUUCUGAUCGGAGUUCAGUUGAUAGUGAUGAUUUUUUAACAAUAUGUAUGUCAUAUUAUAGUAAAAUAAUAAUUAAAUAGGCAUUAUAUGUUUUAUUUAAUAAUAUUUGUUUAAUAUUAUACCGAUUUUACCGUUUUUUCUAUGUUUUUCUCGGUUGUCCCAUGUUUUUCACAUUUGUUGAGAAUAAUGACCUCCCUAAGAUAUUUCCGAAAAAAUCAGUCCGAUUUCAUUUUAGAAAAAUUGCUGUAGUUAAAAAUUGGAGCAAUAUUUUUGGUAUAAAAGUUGCAAACAGAUAAAACAAAAAAGUAAAAAUCAUUGUAAAACCAUAAGCUUCUUUGCUGCACUACACUUGCGUGCCUAAUUGAAAAAACCUAUAUCAUGAACAUUCAAUGUAUGAAAACUAAAAUUGUAAAUAUUAUUUUUGCAUAGCAAAUAAAAAACAUAUGAGUUGACAUACUGGGGACGGGUAUGUCACUGUUGUAGGUUGUAAAGAUGGGGAAGGUAGGGUACAUAAAUUGAUUUAAUUUAUAUCUGUAUAAGAAACGAUAACCUAUUGUUAACGAAGAAUGAUUCAAAGUGAAGUUCGAUUAUACAUGUUGUGAAAGGCCGUAAUAUUUACCAUUUUCAUUAAAAUUUGAUAAAAAAAAAAAAUACUACAUUACACAAUGUUUUUUGUAUGACAUUGUACGACAAAAUAAACUUUCUGUUAAAUUUUCAAUCAUUUCUAUUUAGCCUAACAAUUAUAUUCACAGAGUAUCUACCAAAUAAAAAUUACGUAAACAACUAACAAAAUUAAAAUGUCUAUUGAUACCUUAAAAAUGGUUUAAAUGUUUUGAAAAUGUUACCACGUCUAGAAAAAGUAAAUAUCAGUUUUCUGUUAAAAUUUCAAGUCUCUAUGAAUAUUUUAAACUGAAUUACAAAAAAAAACAAAAAAACAAAAUUAAAAAUAAUAAAAUUUUUUCUGUAAAUUUAUUCUACUUUUUUUUCCGGUUUUGUUUAAUUAUUAAUUAAAUUACAGGGAAAAUCAAAAACGAAAAUAAGCAUAUCAAAUUCACACAAUUAAUGUAUCUUUUGGAAAAUAAAUUGGGAUAGUGCCAGUAUACUUCAUAUUCUUUUAUUACAUAUGAGUUAUGAUGUGCUUAUGUUAACAAUUUAUAUCACAUAGUGAGAUAUUUUACUAAUUUAUUUUUAUUUUUAUUUUUUUUACGAAUACUUAAGGCUCCGUUCGACUGAAUGGCACUGGAGCAAGCAGGUUCCCAAUAGUACAUCCUCAGUACAACUAUCGGCAUAUAGGUCAAAGUCAUUCACAUCCUCACCCACAUCAUGAAAUUCUCAUGAUGCAAUCUCGAUCAAAUGGAACCGGUGGAGUGUCUAAUUCUAACGGAACUUCAUCCUCAAUAGCUACAGCUCCUCCAGUACCUUUUUCGUCUUCCAGCGCGUGGCCUUAUGGCACGGGGUCUAGCGCGAAUGGAGCGGGGUCUUUAACCGGUACUUCACAUCAUCAUAGAAUUACGCCUUUACAUCACCCGUCUGCGGCAACCAUGCUACUAAUGAGUAACAACAACAACACAUUAAACGUGAUGAAUGGUGUAGUUGUCGGCGGAAAUAACAGAGGGAAACCGCGAAGGGGUAUGAUGCGGCGGGCCGUGUUCUCUGAUGCACAACGAAAAGGUUUGGAACGUCGGUUUCAGGUGCAAAAGUACAUUAGCAAGCCAGAUAGAAAACGAUUGGCCGAUAAGCUAUCGUUGAAAGAUUCACAGGUAAUUUAAAAUUUUAAAAAAAACAUUUUAACCAAUAAAACGUAAUAUUAAUAAUGUGCAUGACCGUGAGUAACUUGAAUACAAAUUAUAGAUCGGUAUUUUCAAUCAUCACUAUAUAAUAAUAAAAGCAUUUGCUUUAAUUAUUUUUUCAAAAUCGCACCAUAACAAAUUAUUUGUUAUCAUUUCCUUUACGAUCUGAAUGUGUUUAUCACGUCAUAAUGUUGUAAACAAUUUUUUUUAAAUACAAACAUAGGAGCAAUCAGAGGGGGGCCGGGGGACUAAAAUCUCCCAAAAAUCAUGCUGAUUUGUAAAUCGAGAAAUGUAUUUAAAAUUAAACUUUAAUUUCAAAAAUAUAUUUAUUUAUACAAAAAACUAUGCUAUAACUACUGAAAAAUUACAAAAGACAUAAUUUUCGUUUAACUGUAUUUGUAAUACGGUCAUUCGAGUAUGUAUAGGCUUAUCAUCCUUAAUGAUUUAAAAUGAAUUUAGAAUUUAAAAAUUGGCAAUACUUACAUAAUACUUAAUAUUAAGGGAGACACUAUUAUUGUUUUUGAUACUGAAAUUAUUUUUAAUAGAUACAUUCACUAAACAAAAAAUCAAAAUAAAGUUAUAGGUAGAACGUAAACAAUUAUACAUAUUAUAUGUGUAUACAUAUUAUUUAUGUUUUUUAUGAGUUUUAUAUUCUUUCCAACAAACACAUUUUUAAAUAGAAGAAAUUAAAAGGAAAGGAAAGCUUCUGAGGGACACCGAUAAAAAAAUCAUGGGAGAAAUGCAGGAACCUCCUAAAUGUUUUACUCUAAUUGCACCUAUGAAUACAAACAGAUUUCGAUUUAUGUAUACACUAUACAUAUGCAUACGAAUUGUAUUAUUAGUAUUGCAAAUAAUAGUAGUUUAUUAUUUAUAUGAUUAAAAAACUGACACAUUUCACACAAAGGUUGGGCCACUGUUGUAGGUGAGAACUUUGGAGGAUAGAAUAUACAACGAAAUUUAAUGUAUAUCUGUAUUCAAUGAUUAAUCGUUGCUAACAAAAAACAAAACUGAUUGGAGUUCGGUUAUAUAUAUUUUCAAAGACCGUAGCCUGUAAUAUUUACGAUUUUCGUAAACAUUUUACAUUAAAAUUCGUAUAAAAAAGAAUACUAUAUAAAACUUAAUUUUUUCUUGUUGACCACAAAGGACAACUUAUAAUGAACCUCCUGUUUAAUUUAUUUAUUUCUAAUUGGUCCAACAAUUGUAUUCAUAGAGCACCUAUCGAAUCUAAAUGACUUAAAAAAAACUUAUCUUCUAUACAUAUAAAACACGAAAAAUAUGUUGUCUUACUCAAAUCUUACUAUUUGUAUUAUAUUGCAAGUAGUAAUCUUAUAUUUUAGAUUGUAUGGAUCGGUAUAUAAACAUUUACAUUUUACAGUGACAUUUAUAUUUAGCAAAAAAAUAAAUAAAUCAUUUUUUUUUAUUAUCAAAUAAAUAAAAUUAACACGUCUACGCGUUUACUACUAUAAUUAUUAUUAUUAUUAUUGUUUAUUUCUUCGAAAAGAUAAUGGGCUCGACUAAACAAGUUCGUGUGUGGGCGCUAUGUAAAAAUCAUAUUUCCGCGAUAAGUACUUGCCUACUUUUGAAUGUUAAAAAUUCGUACCCAGGGCCGUGAUACAAGGAAAUGACAACUUUCACUGAACUCACCACAAAUUUAUAGGGUGCGCUAUUUUAAAUGCAUAUUAACUUUAGGUAUUCAACAUUGCCUUAAAGUACCAAUGAUAAAUAUAGCACUAUACUAUUCGCACCAUUAACUAAUGGUUACAUUAAUGGUACAAGUAUAAUAUAUAUUCGAACUUGUGCUGCUACAAUAGAAUACUAGGUGUAUAAUUAUUGAUUAAUAUAUAUAUACAUAAAAUAAGUAAAACGAUUCUUUUUACGCCACUAGCCUUCUCUAUAAAUCAAUGGCCCCAGUUUGGUCCACCCAGAUAACAAAUCCUGACAUCGUCAUUGAUUUUAAAAUUGAAUUUUCUUAAAAUUUUCUGUUUUUUUGAGUUGUCCUUAGUACCACAAGGGUGCAAACAAAAUAACGAUCCGUUCCAUCUUAUAUAUAUUACUAAAUAUCUCAGCCUGAUAACCUUGUGGAUUGAAAUUUGGUUUUCUGUAACAGAUAGAAGGUACAUCAAAAUACACAUCUUAGGAUUUUUUUUACGAAUUUUGCACACGGUACUACACAAAUGAUUUUUUUUAAUAGCAACACAUAUUUGUAUUUCUAUAUGUAUAGUUUCGAAUAAUCAAUACUUAUUUUGUUUAUCUCAACAAUUACCAGGAUAAUUUAAAAGUAUGAUUUUUUCUUGACUUUAAAAAAAAGAUAAUACUCAUAUUUGAUGUAUGUGUAACUUUAUGAUCAUCUUUAUUUAUAUUUUUCCCCUCAAAAAACUGCAGUAGUCAAUUUUCUUCACUUUAAAUAGACAUGUUUUAAUUUACUCCAUACAUCACCACUUUAUUGCUUUUAUCCUUUACUUUAUUUGCACCAAACUCUAUUCAAAAUCAUUUUUCGUUUGCAAUGGUUAUCAAAAGGUUAACUAUGAUACGGGCUUUGGGGGAAAGGGAUUGUUUCCAUCACCUCCCAUCAAAUACGUGUCAUGGCAUAUCUCGUGGUCCGUAGGCUGAAAAUUAAAUUUACUCAUUCUGAUUUUUAUUUAAUUAAAUUUUAACUCAUGAGAUAUGAACAAUAUUUUCAUCAAGUAACCAAUCAACCAAGUAAAUCAAUCAAACCAACUGUCAACCACUAAACUGAUAUUACUUAUCAAUUGCCUUAUUUGAGUUCGAGGUUUAUUGUAAUAUUAAUAAAUAAUAAUAUUAAGUUUUUUUAAAUUUUUAGUGAUGUAAUAAUUUAAUAUAAAAAAAUAACGGGUAAUUUUUUUUAUGGUUAUUUAUAUGUUGAGAUGCAUAACAACGUUUUCGUGAAACUUAGGAAGUAAAUAAAUAUUAUGAUUUUUAUAAUGAAUUUAUACUUUACAUUCACUUAUUAUUUCAGGAGAGGGGGAUUUGUAUUACCUAUUUAAAGUGUAACAGCCCAUUUUAUUUAUGGCAUAUUUCGCGAAAAAAUCAUGCGCACGCCUAUGGCUAUAUACCAAUAUAUUUUAUUAUAUUUAUACCUAACUACAUAUAUUUUGAUCGGUUGGUUUUGUUGUUGUUCGUUUCACGACCAUAGGUGAAAAUAUGGUUCCAAAACCGCCGGAUGAAAUGGCGCAAUACGAAGGAACGAGAGCUGUUGGCCGCCGGGACGGGAUGCCGCGAACAAACUUUGCCGACAAAAAAUAACCCGAAUCCAGAUUUGAGCGACGUCACGACGGCAACGUCUGCAGUGUCCAAUAACAACAACAUUAUCAACAAUAACAACAACAAUAACCAUAACAAUAACAACAAUAGUAAUACUAUGUCAUCCUCGGCCGGGACGCCGCAAAUGCCGCAUGUGCCGCCGGCUGGAGACACGGCCCCGGCCGCCGGCCAACAAGACAAAAAAAACCCGAACGGUAUAAAAAACCAUCAGAAUCCGUUCCAACAAAAACAUAUACAACAGAAAAAAAUUAACGUGGCAGUGGACCAAAUGCUGUUGAACAGAGGUGGCGGCGGCGGAUCUCUAGUAACUAGGCAACAGCAAGUGUUGUAAUAGUCGCAAUAAUGACACCUAACAUACGAAUAUUUAUAUACACUGUAUACACUAUACAUAAAUUUAGGUUAUAGUAACGUUUGUACAUAUUAUAUAGAAACAAAUUUAUAUAUUAUCUAUAUGUAACUACGUACUUAAUAAUAUAAUAAAAUGUAAUAAUAAUAAUAAUAAUAAACACGCCAUAACGAAUAAAUAAACAUUCCCAUAUUACGUAUACAAUUUAUUAUAGGUAUAUAUUAUAUUUGUUUGAACGCUUUGUGCGGUAUUUUUUUCUCCUUCAAUACCUAUAUUAUAAAUAAUCUAAAUGCAAUAAAUAACGUCACAGCCCGGAGCAAUAACAACCGAAAAAAAAAAUAUUAAAUCGAAUAAAGGAAAAAUUAAUUAUAUUAUGGCGUCGGUAUUAUAAUAUAAUAUAUUAUGUAUUCCUCACUUUCCAUAACAGGGUAUUAUAUACACCUAUUAUGCGUUUUUCUCUUCAUAAUAUAUAAAUUAUUUUUAUCCGGUAUACCUAUUACCGGUGGUUUUUUUUUUUUAUUAUUAUUCUAAAAACCCCCGUGAUAUUAUUUAAGUGCAGUGUAGUGUACUACCGGGGUAAUAUAAUAAUAUGAGGUAUUAUUAUAUUAUGUAUUAUUAAACUCGGAUAACGGAAAACACGGGCGUAAAUAUAUGAUGGAAAUGCGAAAAAAUGGGCGGAAAAAUACCCGAUAAUAGGUAUACACGUAUAUAAUGUAUAGCGGGGCGAAUAAAAACCGUCGAGUCGACUGACAAACAAACGAACGGAGUAUGUGUGUGUGUGUGUGUGUGUGUGUGUGUGUGUGUGUGUGUAGGAGUAUAGAAAGGGGAAAAAACUCGUCUCCUCCUCCGUUGAGAAAACAUAAUAGAGGUGAAAAUUCUCGACUGCGUUUUCCUUCGCCCUUACCUUCCCUCCCACCGCCUCUCUCCACUCUCCCCUUCUAUCCCACCGUCACCGAACGAUAUAUAUAUUUAAUAAUAAUAUGACAAAAACAGAAGUGCACGGAUUAAAGUAUUAUAUAUUAUUUUAUUAUUAUAUUAUUAUAUAUAUAUACGUUGGCACCCGGGGACGCACUAUUGCAGCGGACGAUACUCAAGAAAGAGAGGAAGACAGAGCUGAGGAUUGAUAACACGCUGUCACCCUGGCUAUUAUGUAUUAGAUCGAGAUAAUAAUAAUAACUCUCAAAUAUAAUCGGCUAUUCGUCGUUUUCUCGAAAUCUCGUUUUACAACAUAAUAAAAUAAUAUUUUAUAUAUAUAUAUAUGCAAUCCACCUUUUAUUAUAUUGUAACGUUUACGAGGAUUGCAGUGAGCGAAGAGGGGACUUGGUUUAAAAAAGAAACUGUCUUUAUUAUUAUUAUUUAAGUACAGGAAAAAUACUGAAAACAUCAGCACGUCGUGUUCUACCCCUCCUCAUCAUUAUCAGUAGAAUGGCGACGUAUAAUCAUUAGGGGGGAGAAGUUAUAAGGAAAAAAAAAUUCAAAAUAUUCCGUGUGUACAGGGUGAUUUUUAUCACGAACCAGCAAUUUUUUUAGAGGAUUAUAAGUGAAUUUGAUUUAUAUUUUUUUUAAUCAUUGUGAAAUCAGUUAAGCUUUAUUUUAAAUUUUUUCGGCUACUCCAUGUAUCUUAAAUAACUACAUACUUUUGCUUUUCAAAUAGGAACCCCCUUUUUGAACACAGAUUUUAAUAGAGAAUAUUUUUUUUGAGACUUUGGUGUGCAUAACACUAAUAUCAGAAUUACCGUUUACGAUUAAUAACCGUUUUAAGUUUAGAGGAGUGGGGAAAAGUUAUCAAUUUAUCAUUCAAAAAUAGAUAUACAAUUUUUACCCUUCCCUUCAAUUCCAGUCUAAACAUGGUUAUAAGUUAUAACUCUCAAACGGUAAAUCUGAUAUUAGUGUUAUGCUCACCAAAAUGUCUCUAAAAAAAUAUUUUCUAUUCAAAUCUGUGUUCAAAAAGAAGGUUCCUAUUUGAAAAACAAAAGUACCUAUGUAGUUACUUAAGGUUUAUGAAGUAAGCGUAAAAAAUUUAAAAUGGUUUUAAAAUAGAGCUUAUUCUACAAUGAUAACAAAAAAAAAAAAACAAAACUCAAAUUCACUUAAAAUCCUCCUGGUUUAUGAUAAAACCCAGUAUAUACGUGCAAAUAUGCGUUUAAAAAUGUGCGAACAAAAUGUAAUAAAACCGAGUGUGCCACUGUUAUAGGUGGGAAACUAGACGAAAGUAUAGGACACCUCCUAAUAGCAGACGUACCAUGGUUGUAACAUACAUUUUGAAUCACGCUAUAUGUAAACUCAUUAAAUUAUAGGUACAUUAAUUUUUAAUUUAUUUGUUUAAUAGCUUAAUCUAGAACAGACAUAGAUGACAAAAUGCAAUUGUUUUAACUUCCAAUACCAAUUUUUUAAUAUAUAGGGCCAUAGGGAUAGUGAUUAAAUUUAUAAAUAUAUAAAGCAGUAGUAGCAGGUUUUAUAUUGAUUUGAUUGGUAAAUUAUGGAACUAAUUAACAAAAAAUAACGGAGAAAUUAAAGUAGUAGGUAGGUAUUCAUAAGUGAGGAGAUACUGUACAGUUUUUAAAGGUAUAAUAGGCUUACGAGGCGGCCAUAAUGAAUAAAACAAAAUAUAUAAUAAUAUAAUACCUACGUUCAUGUGUAGGUAAUAUGGGCGGGUGAGUAUAAAUAUAAUAUUAAAUAAUAAUGGAAUGGCGGCACAAAACGAAAAAUAAAAAUAAACGACGAUUAUGAUUAUUAACCGAGUCGGGGUGUGUUGGAACUCUGUUAGUGGAUAAAAAAAAGUGAGGGCAUGUCAAAAACAUAAGAACUCACCCCUCUGCGUACAUACAGGUUAAAACCCUCAUUGGGGGCGAUACAACAAAAAUAUUGUACGCUGGCUUCGGCUUGCAGGCUUCAUGAGGAUUAUCAUUAUUGUAUUUGUUAUGAACAGUGGUGUAAUUUAGUGAUGUUUGUGGGGGGGGAAGAUGAAAUGUUUUUAUAUUUUACCUAUUACCCCCAUAUACCCCCACUCCCCCCCACAAAAAAAAAAUUGUAUUUAUCAUAAGCACCUUUUAGUGCAAUAAAUGUAUGUACGCAUAUAAUAAUUGUAUAAUAUUGUUAUAGUCUUUAUUAAUAUAGAUAAAAUAAUCAAAUGAGCGAGUACAUUAAACAGCUUAAAUCUAAUAAAUCUCUUAUUCCUGAAAUAUCGUACAAUAAUAUUACUGCCAGCAGUUUCGAUGGGUCCACUGAAUUAUUUGCUCAAUUUUUUCCAGUGUAUACUCACCUCAGACCUCAAAUACUAAUAUAAUUACAAAUUAUGGCACACUAAAUAUAAAUUUUAACUUAAAUCUAUCUUUAUGAUAGAUGAAAUUUACGAUGCUUUACACUUUACAUACACAUUACGUUUAUAGUAGGGUUGGUCCUGAUGGCGUACUGCCUAUUAUCUUAAAGAAAUGCAAAAAUGUCUUUACAAAACCUCUGCUUAAAUUAUUUAAUUAAUUAUCUUUGUAAACGGGCUCCUUUCCAAUAUAUUGGAAAAAAUCGUUGAAUCUAUUAUUACUAAAAAACUAUUCAAAUUAUUGUCUAAUUAAAUUUCACCUAACUAACAUGGGUUUCGACCUAAAAAUCUGUUAUCACAAAUUUACUCACUUAACAUACUAAUUUAAUUUCCUGUAUUGAAAACGGCCUUCAAAUUGAUACAAUAUAUACAGAAUUCAGUAAAGAUUUUGACAGAGUAAAUCAUAAUAUAUUUUCUUUAAUAAUAUUUAUUUAAUACUGUACUGAUUUUCCCCUUAUUCCUACGUUUUUCUCGGUUUUCCCAUGUUUUUUCCGGUUUUUCAUAUUUGCUGGGAAAAGUAUUAGAAAAUCGAAAAAUAAUAUUUUGAAAGUAUCUUCCCAUUCAGAUUUCCUUUCAGAAUAAGUGAUUUUAUUAUAAAUCGGAGCAAAAUUGAUGGUAGAAAAGUUGUUCACAGGAAAAAAAAGGCCGUAAUGUUUUAACCAAUACCUACGUUUCUUACAUUCUCCCGUUUUUCCUCCGUUUUUUUUUUUCAGUUUUUCACAUUUAUUGUGAAUUUUAUCAUUUAAUGCACCAACUGAAUCCAAAAUAAAAUAAAAAAGGUAAUUUUUUAUUUUAUAAUUCAAGUAAGAUUUGUGGUCGAAAAGUUGUUUACAAAAAAACCUAAAAAAAGAAAACAUCCACAUGGUAAAACUAAUACAUUCGCUGCGCUCAAAUUUGUUAAAAAAAUGGGGACGGGUACAAUUACUGUUGUAGGUGAUAGGUUGAGAAGGUAAGAUAUAAACGGGAGUUUAAUAUACACCUGUAAGCAACGAUUAACCAUUGUUAACGAAAAACGAUUUUGAGCGAAGUUAAGUUAUACUUAUUCGCGAUAGAAAGCAAAGUGGCUGACAUCUGGUGGUAGCAUGAAACGUAACGGGGCCGACAUGAAAACUGAAUAUUAUUGAUGAAAAUAUGAAACACAAAAUAUUGGGAAUUGAUUUACCCGAUUUGUCAUAAUUUAUUAACCACACAUCGUGUUUUAAUUCUGAUUACACUUUCGCAUUUGGAAGCCUCCAACCCAUAAUUAUGGGUCAUGCCUAUUGUGCCACAACACCAAAAACUUGCAAAAAAACAUAAAUAUUGUCAUGUUCCAGAAUGUAAAACAAUAUUCUCUAUAUAAACAUAUUCAAAACAAUUAUUUGAUUUUCAUUCAUUAGUCAAUAACAAAAGGAUGUGUCUUUCCACAUUUUUCCUAAAAAAGAAAUGGGAGCGUGCUAAAAAAAUGAAUAUUACUAAUUCUUCUACAAAUAAUAUUAAUGUGUGCAGCAAACAUUUUAUUAAAUAUGAUUCUUACAAUUUACAAGUUAUUAUUAUAAUUUAGAAAUAAUGCUCAAAUUAUAUAGAAUACCUACCAACUGUUAAAUUAAUGUGAAGUAACAUAGAUAGGUACUUUAAUAUAGUUUUUAUAUAAUGGGUGUGAUUUUAACAAUUCCAUAGACUUCAUAGGAGCAUAGAAACAUAGGUUUUCCACUGAGAUCACUAAUUUUAACACUUUGGGGCACACAUUAGUUUUGACAAUUUUUUUUCUUGGAAAAUAUUAAAAAUUAGCACUCAUAUUACAUAUGAAAAAAAAAACAAAUUUAGGUGGAUUCACUAUAAUACCACAAUGUCUCAAAGGGUUAAAACACAUAGCAGCGAUUUUUAAUAUUUUGUUAUUAUUUUCCACACAUCCAAAUUCAACAAUGUGGUUACAUUUCAUUAUUUACGUAACCCCAAUCAAUGGUUACUUAAAGUCACCAAUAAAACUUAAAAUGUCAAUUAGCUCAACAACCGAAGCAAACAUUUUUUUUUUUUCUAUUUGAUAAGAUAGGUAUUAUGAAAUCGAAUAAAAUAAAUCCAAUUAUUCAUAAAAUAAAAAAUUAAAUUAAUAAUUGGCAUUGUAAAAUUGAUUAUUAGUUAUUAUUAGCAUAAACAGUGGCAAGUAAAAAUAACUAUAGUGCUCCUGUAUUUGCUUUCUAUCGCGAAUAUCAGGUGUAUAAAUAUGAAUCCAGAAUUUUUAUGAUAUUUUGUCAACAAUAUAUAUGGUAAAAUAAUUAAAUAGGCAUUAUAUUAUUGUUUCUAUAAUAAUAUUUGUUUAAUGCUGUAUCGAUUUUCUUGUUUUUUCUACGUUUUUCCCGUUUUCCUCCGUUUUGUCCCAGUUUUUCAUGUUUGUUGAGAAAACUCCUGGGAAAAUCAAAAGAGGACCUGCUUAAAGUACCUUCUUAGUCAAAUUUUCUUUCUGAAAAAGAGCUACAUUGUAUAUCGGAGCAAAAUUGCUGGUAGAAAAGUUGAACACAAGGAAAAAAAAUACCGUAAUAUGUUUCAACUAAUACCUACAUUUCGUACAUUUUCCUGUUUUUUUCAUAUUUGAUGAGAAAACUCUUAAGAAAAUCGAAAAAUGAUUCCUGUAAAAUACCUCCUCACACUGAUUUCUUUCAAAAAAGUGCUGCCAUUGUAAAUCAGAACAAAAUUGUUGGUAGAAAAGUUGCGCCACAGGUAAAAAAAAAAAAAUAACGUAAUUUAUAUUAUUGAUAAUGUUCACUACGCGAUAUCGCUUUAUCAGUUAUAAUUUUCUAAAAGCAGGAAAACUAUAACAAAUUAGAAUUGACAAUAAUAAUAAUAAUAUAUACCUACUAUUUCUAGUAAUAAAAUUAAAAUAAUACCAAAAUUGUAUAUAUCUUCCUCAUUGUCAGAAACCACGUUUGAGACUAUAUCAAAAAUCUAUUUUCAUCAUAAUUUUCAUGAAAUUUCGGGGAAGGGGUUGAACCCUUAACCCCCUCUCCCUUUUGUGUACCCACCUGACAGAGGGGAGUUUAAUGUAUAUCUGUAAGCAACGAUUAACCAUUGCAAACGAAAAAACGAUUCUGAGUGAAGUUCAGUUGGUACUUGGUUGUGUUGCUUUGUCAACAAUAGGUAUAUUGUAUACGGGUAAAUAGCUAAAACCUAUAAAAUUAAAAUUAACAAUUUAAUUUAUAAUUUGUAUAAUUUAUUGUUUUUAAAUUUAUAUAUUUUAAAUACUUAAUAAGCAGUUAUUAUAAAUGUUAUUAGAACGUAUAGAUUUUACAAUGAUGUUUAAUUUUUUUUUUUUCAUACGUGUAUGAAAAUACGUAAAAAAAAUAAAUAUGUUUUUAUUACCAUCUCUGUGUUUUAAAUGCAUUUAAAAUGGUUAAAUGCAGAAAAGGGACAUGUUCAAGUCCAACCAUUUAAAAUGUAAAAUAUUUUUCAUUUUUCAUUUAUUAUUUACCUAUAAGUUCGUUUAAAAGCAUGGUUAUAAAAAAUAUUCUUUUAAAGUUAUUUUUUCAGAGAUAUCAGUCCUUUUCUCCAGCAAAUAUUAAUUAUUGGUGUCCUAUAUACUUAAAAAUUGUUUUUUUCAUUUUUUUUUAUUAUUGUUAUUUUAUCAUGAUUAAGUUAUUCCAUAUUAUGUUAAACAUGUUGGACUUAUUAAAGUUUUAGAAGGCUUUUAAAAUAAAAAAGACGGACAUAUUUCACACGUGGUUGGGCCACUGUUGUAAGAGAGAAGUUGGGAAGAUAGAAGAGAAAUUUAAUGAACAUUUAACGAUUAACCAUUGUUAACUAAAACGAUUCUGAUCUAAAAAUGACCUUUUAAAAUACCAUCUAGACAAAAAAAAAAAAAUUCAGAAAUGAUGCCAAAAUUACAUAAUGUGGAAUCAAGAUUUCUAGUAAGCAUUUUUGUCUCAGUAUAAAAAAAUAAACACCUUUGGAAAACCAAUACAUUCCUCAAUACACUCAGAAUCUAAAAAUAAGUAAGCGUCUUGACUAGAUAAUUCUACCUUUACUGUAGUAACUUUAAAGUUAAAAUAUUUACCUAGGAAGUCAAAAUUUACUGGUAUCUGGUUUACUGAUCUACUAAUUUUAUUUGAAUAUAUCCAUCAAAAGCUGUACCUUAUUAGUUAUUAUUAUAUUAUUAUGAUGUAUUAAAAUUUCCUUUUUCGUACAAAUCGUUAUUAAUAAAACGUAUCUACCAGUGGCAUCAUUUACAAGUGAAGCAUAGAGACUAUGCUCCUAAGACGUUUUGGUCACCUAUGCACUUUAAUGAUAAACUAAAUAACUAAAAUCGGACACCAUUCAUGUAACACCAUUAUUGAUAAUAAUAAUUGUUGUUCUCCAGUAAUAUUCCAAAAAAUGAAUGAUAAUUUUAUAUUUUAUAUUAAAUUAUUAAUAUUUUGUUUUCGAUAAUUAAUUACAAAAAUUCUGUGUUCGAUAAAAAAAGGUGACUACCAACCACGGACACUAUAUCUAUAUCCCUGUUAUCUACAUACAAAUAAUAUAAAAAUAUUAACAACCCAGAUAAUUAUAACACUACGCCACGACCCAUAAAUAUACCCGUGUCGGUACCUAAUUAAAAUAUUUAUACUGGCUGCAAUAAUUUGGAACAACUAUAAUUUUAUGAUUUUUGAUAAAUUUAAACCAAAACAACAAUCAUACAAUGAAUAUUUGUUUACUUGAGGUCAGUGGAGUAUCUGGAGCUCAAUCAAGGAGGGGGUAGUUUAAAAAUUGUAAUACACCACAAAAUAUUGAGAGGAAUUUCCUCGAUCCACAAAAAAGCAAUUUUAUUUUUAUAAUUCCUCUCCUUGGUAAUUUAAAAAAAUAGUUUAUAGGUAUAAACUAUAGUUAAUGAUAUACAGAAAAAAAAAUGAUGAGUAUAUAAUAAAUAUGUUACGAUCAAAAGCUGAAAUCUGCAAAUUUCAGAAAUAUGAAAAAUUGAAAUUUAUGGACAUUACAGUUUUGCCUAAAUGAUGUUAGUCACUACUAUAUAGAUUUGGCCAGGAAAAACAACUAAAAAACGUUUUUGUCCAAGUAUCAUGGAUAUUUCGCGUUUUGCCAGAUUUCGGUGUUCACCCAUAAUAUAAUAGGUAUGCAUUAUAAUAUAUUCAUAUCAAACAAUUAUACACAAAAAUAUUUACAAACAUUUAUUAAAUAGUAAUUUAAAAUAAAUAGUAAAAAAUGUAUUAAUUAAAUAGUAUUAUAUGGGUAAAUAAAAUAUCUUUUAAUUGUAAUAAUUAGGUAUACAUUUAUUAUUUUUUAUACACAUUUAACUGCAUACUUUUAAUUUUUUGAUACAUUAUUAUUAGAGUAUUAAACUCAUUAAACAAGUGAUACGUACAUAAAAUAACGUAAUAAUGUACAAUAAAAAUAUAGGAAAAAAAAUAAAUGCAAAUUUGUCAUUUUUUUAAACCAAAAUUUCGGUUUUAAUUAAUUAUACAAAUUUACUUUAUUUUACAUAGUCAAAGAACAUUGAAACUUACAAUUUAUUUCUUUAUUCAAAUAACAAUAGCAAUUCAGAGCAUUUUUACAUUUAAUUUAAUUGUACAAGAAUCUAAACCAUACUAUAAGUACUUAAUAAUAAUCAUAUAGUCAUAAGUAAUAAUCAUAAGUAAUUAGUACUUAUUUUUUGAGUUGUUAAUAAUAAUUAUUGAAUAAUUGAUUAGGUAUAUAGUUAGAGGAGAAGAAAUGAUAUUCAGGUUAUGGAAUAUGAUUAACCAAAUAUGGAGAACCAAAUAGAUACUUGAAUAUUGAAAACUGGCAAUAUUAUGCCGAUUCAUGAAAAAGAUAACUAACAGGAUUAUAAUAAGUGUAGAGAAAUUACCCUUGUUAAAUGUAGCAUACAAAGUUUUUGUAAACUUAUCAAGGUUAAAAAUAAAGUCAGAGGUGAUUAUCAAGGAGACUUUAGAUCAGCAAGAUCCACAAUGGACCAAAUAUUCAUUCUCAGACAACUAUUCCAGAUAACAACUAUUUUAACCGCUUUUUUACAAACACAAAUAAAUAAACUAAGAAUCAUGCAUUUAAAAAAAAAAUGUUUAUUAUUAUUCUUAAUCAAGACAAAUUAUGAAAACCACAUAUCUUAAUAUAAUUAUUUAAUAAAUUAUUAAUAAUAAGAAAUUUCCAUGUCUAAUGGUUAGAUAAGGUAUAAACACAACGCCUGUUCACCACUUUCAUAUACUGAUUUUCAAAUGAAUAACUUAAUCUCAAUUUCAAAUUUUGCUCAUAUCUAGACCUAUUACGCAAAUUAUCACCUUCAGUAAACCUUUCAAACAGCUCAUUUUUUCCAUUUUGUUGGGGGCCACGCCACAUACAGAAUUCAUUUAAAAUGAACUUGUUUUUAUUUUCAACAAGUAAUUGAUCCCGUAAUAACAAUCCAGUUUGUUUGUAUUUAGUAUAUGAUGAGUAAGAGGACGUUGAAAAUCCUACUUUUUCUCCACCUAAUAUACAAAUAAAACAUAUUUUAAAAACUGUUAAGUAUAUUAAUAUAAUAAUGUACAAAUUGAUAAAUAUAUAUAAAUAAAUAUAUACCUUGGUGGUUAAUAAAGUAAAAAAAAUUUAGUUGAAAUACUUCCAUGGGUGGGGCACUGUAAGUGAUAAGUUGAAAAGAUAGUUGCAAAGUUGGGAAAGUAGGUUAUAGAGAGGAAUUUAAUAUAUAUCUGUACACAACCAUUCACAAUAAAAGAAUCUGGUCAGAGUUCAUGAGAUCAUGUUUUGAAAAGCCCUAAUAUUUAUGAUUUUCAUCAGAAUUUGAUAUUAAAAUACUUAUAACAAAAUUUUGCAUAACUCAAAUUUUUUUUUUAUCACAAAUUAAGACUUGUACCUCCAGUUAUCUUUUCAAGCAUUUUUGUUUGGUUGCAGUUUUAGCCACAGAGAAAAGACCAUAUAAAAAUAAAGUAAAAAUGUCUAUAAAUAUCACAAUAGUUCUGGAAUGGCUAAAAUGUUUUAAACAUUUUACCAAGUCUAAAAAAAGAAAAUAUAAGUUUUCUAUUCAAAUUACAAGUCUCUACUAAUAUUUAAAUUAUAACAAAAAAAAAAAAAAAUUGAAAAUAUCAUAUUUUGUAAAUUUUCUGAUUUUAUCCUAUUAUAAAAAUUAAAAAAUAACUUCCUUUAGGUACCACCAGACAAAAUUUUCUUUCAAAAACUACGUUUGAAAAUUGGGAAGUAAGAUUUCUGGUAGAAAAGUUGUUUACAGAUAAAAAAAAAACCGCUGUAAAACCAUUUCCUCGCUUUACUCAGGAUCUAAAACAUUUAAUUUAAAAAAUAAUGAAAACAAUACCAUUUUCUCUUCCAUUAGGAAAAUCAACUACCAUGAACAGUUCUAGCAUGUGUCCAUAGCCCUUUCCACGGAUCCUUGAAUGGUUAACAAAAACCUUUAAUUUCAAUUCUUUACAUUCCACAUGUCGUGUUUCAGCAAUAGUGCACUUGUGCAUAUCAAAUUUCUUCAGCAAAGAUGCAUAAGACACAACCUAUUUAUAAACAAACAACAAUCAACAAUUUAAAAAUAAUUAUUACAUAUUUUAUAUAUUAGCAAAUAAUAUAACAUGGGAUCUUAAAUUCUAAUAUUUCUCAAAAUAAAUUUAGUAACUGGAUUAAAGUUGUAAGAAAUAUUUCUAUAAUAUAAUUAUGAUUCAUCAUAUCAAAAAAGGCAAAAGUGUGUCAAUUUAUAAUUUAUAUUAAAGAAAUUGUUAUUGGACAAUAAACUGAUUUUUUAAAAUAAUUUUCACAGAACUACAAAUUAUAUCAUGUUUAUUCUUAAUUUUUUAUUAAUCUUAUUAUCAUUAUUACCAUUGUUAAAUAUUUUAUUUAAGAAACUAUUGUCUAUCAAAACAAGGAUUUCAUCCAUAGUAAUAAAUGCAGUGAAACAUAUUUAGUAUGACACACUUCUUUUGUAAAUUAUGGAGAAUUUGAAUACACUUUACCUUACGUGAACUAAAGUAUGACACAAUAGGUGCUGGCAUUAUACACCAUUUUGAACCAGAUGAAUUUGUUUUAUUAUCUACUAUAAAUUCUCUCUUAGACCUCAUAUCAAAACCAUAAACAUUACUCCACCAAGAACAAUUUGUUGAAUCAGAUGAACUACUAGAAUCAUCAUCUUCAGCUAAAGAUUCCUUUUUUUUAUUUUUGCAUAUUCUUUGAUUUUCAAAAUUAUAUCUUUGUUCUGAAAGCUGGGCAUAAAGAGUGACACACUUAGGUAUCAUUAUACCUAUAAAAAAUAGGGUAUUAGUAUUUUUAGACAUAAUACAUAUAUGUAGUGAUAAAUAAUUAUUUAGAAUUAUAAGGUUGUUCAGAAAAAAAAAUACAUUAAUAUAAGUCAUACCCAUUAUACUUGUCAUUGAAUUAUUAACUAAAAUUAAAUUGUGUUAAUACAUUCAUUACAACUUUAUUUUAUAUAACAAACAGUAUUAUUAUUUUGUAUAGUUCAUUGAUUCAUGAUUUAUUCAAGCCUGAAUAUUAAACUAUUUCAAUAAAAGCUCAUUAUUGAUUAUAUUAUUAUAUUAUUAUUAUACUCAUUAUUAUUAUAAAUGGAAAUCAUUAAGAACACAAUUUUUUAUACAUAAUGUUUAUAAUAAAAUACAACUAUUAACUAAAGAUAUGACGAAAUGAAAUCGAAAAUCAAACUAAACCAAAUACCCAAUAGUUUGGUUCAAAAAUUAUUUCAUGCUGAAAACUCUUGGGAAAAUCAAAAAUGACUUCCCUAAAAUACUUUUCCAGUUCAAUUUCCUUUCAGAAAAGCUGUUAUACUUAAAAAACGAAAUAGAAUUUCUGGUACAAAUGUUAAAGAAAAAAAAAUAACGUCAUUGUAAAACCAUAAGUUUCUUCGCUCCACUCAGAAUUUAAAAUGGAUAUUUACAGGGCACUGUUAUUGAUUUCAUUGUUUUUAAUUUAUGUCUUCUACCAGAAAUAAUACUUAAAUCAAAAACAUGUCAUAUCAUUACCAUACCAAACAAAAGAGCUUGUAAAUUUAACAGGAAGUUCAUUAUAAGUUGUACUUAGUGAUAAAAAAAAGUUGAAAAAGUUUUUUAUAAGCGUAAAAUUAUAAAUAUUACUGCCUUUCAAAUCAUGUACAAAGGAAACUUUCCUCAGAAACAGAUUUCAUUAAAAAUAGUUCAUUAUUGUUUAGAUAUAAAUUAUAUAACUUUAUGUAUCUACCUUUGUAACUAAUAAAAUACAAUAGUGACUCACCUAUGAACAGUGGCUCUUUUUUUUUAUAUAAUAAAAGAUCAGUGAAUAUUAAAAUAGAUAGAAAGAUUUAAGAUGUUAGCAAAAUAGAUUAGCAACAAUUAUACUUAUUUAUGUAUUAUUUAUUAUUAUGAAUUUUACCAUUUGGUUUAAGAAACCGAUCUCUAGCUUCAAUAACUUGCUCCAUUAGAUCCCCUUGACUUAAGACACAAUCCCCCAUAAAAUCAGAUAUUAUAACAUCCACUUCAAUAAGUUUAUGAGGUAAUUCUUGUAAAUCAUGAACCUGUUAAAUAUAAAAUAUAUUAAUAUACACAUUAAAAUUUAAUACAUUUAAAAAUAUCUCAUUACAUUGCUUUGAAUUAAUGUGAUUUUUUCAGUUAACAAAUUAUCUUUAACUACUUGACGAGCAUAAUCAAUACAAGCUGAUUCUUCCAAAGCUAUUACUUUUCGGGCAGAUCCGUUUCGAACACAUAACAAUGGUAAUAAGCCAAUACCACAUCUAAUAACUAAUACAACUUUUUUCUGAAAAAUAAAACACAAGUAAGAUAAUAAUAAUUCAAGUUGUAAAUUGUAUACUUAAAUAUUUACCUUGAUGUAAUUUUCAGCACAAAGUUCAAUACAUUUUUUAAAUGUAUUUGUACGCACAGUGUCUUUUAUUUCUGAUUCGUGCACAGAAUAGCGAGCAUAUCUAUCAUGGUGAAAAUCUAUGGCAGUCAUCAAGUGCAACUUAUUUAAACUACUGGAAGCUCCCUGUAUAGAUUCAUCAUUAAAUACUUCACUAAUUGUUGACAUUAUGGAUAAUCUAUUAAUAUUGUUGACGAUAACAAUGUUUUUAUUCCUAUUUUUUGAAUAAAUAUAUUUUCUUCAAAAUUCUUUUUGGUUAAUUUAGUGAACCAUUGAUAUUGUGUAAUACUUUUACCUCGGGUGAAAAUAGUAUUACAUUUAAUGCUUAAUAUAAAGCAAAUUGCACUUAAACUUGUACUAUCUUGACUAAAAGUUAUUUUUAUUUUCAAUUUUUUUUCCAGAAAACUGUAUCUUUCACAAUAAUAUUAUAUAUUAAAGUCUAUAAGUUUGAUAGAUAGCUAUUGAUUGUUUUGAAAUGUUAUUGUAGGGAUCCAGCACCUGUAAACAGAUGACUAGUUCAGAACUACAGUAUAAGAAAUGAGUGCUAAAGAUAUUAAUCCACUAUAACAUGAAACUGUAUCUAUUAAUAAGAAGUAACAACUAAGUUAUAACUAAAUAAUUAAAAUACAAAUGAUACGUUGAUAAACUAAACUAAAAUAUUAUUGUAAUCCUGUAAAAAGUAACCAUAGGUAAAACCAUAUUUAAAUGCCUUAUUUUAUGGUUUAAAUCAUUUGGUCACUUUUGAUAAGUCUGUGAAAUUAUAACCAAUAAUUUACAUUCUGGUCAAAAAACAAAAAUAAUAAUAUUCAAAAAAGGUCAUGAGACUAAUAAGUAAUACCAUAUUAGGUUAUUUAGUAAAUACUAUUAAACUCAAUUGCUAAUAGGACAAUUUUAAAAUAUUCAAUUCUGACUUUUGAGCGGUGUUGGGAAAGUUACUUUUAAAAAGGAAUUAGUUUCAGUUUAUUGUUCCUACUCCAACAAAAGGAAGUAGAUUCUAAAAAACAGUUCUUUUUUAUUUUAUUUUUAGUCAUUUUAAUCAUUUUAAACCAUAACCAUGGAGACACUAUUUAUAUCACAGUUAUACUACUUGUAACCAUGAUUUAAGAUAUACAGGAUACACACUGAGUACUUAUCAGUUGUUAUGAGAACUUCUUGAAUUGACAGGUAGCACUUAAAGGUAGAGAGUUUUGUAGUAAUAACAUAUCCAUUAUCAAUAAAAUCGUAACAAAUUAGGUAAUGGUAUAAUACUCUUAUUUUUAUUAUAUUUUUCAACACAAGAAAUACGUAUAAGUAGUAUUCUUAUAUAAAACAAUAAAUAAUAUAUGUACCUAUAUUUUAGGUAUUUCUAAUUAGUCACUGAUUUGGAUAGUUUUUUUUUAACCUUGUUUUUGCUUUUUAGUUGAUGGUUAGAAUAAUAAGUAUGUUGUAUCAUUCUCUUUGUAAUAUAAGUAGUGAAUAUAUACGCAACCAUAUCACUUUUGUGUUUAAAACACGGAAAUAAAAUAAAAUAAUUAAAUUUAAAAAAAGUCACCAAUGUCUUCAAAUACAUUUUGAAUAUUAGCAUGUUUGGAAAAUGAUAUCUCAAUAAAUUUAUCUAAAAAGUAUAAAAAUAAUUGUUCUGAGGGUGAAUCAAAAAACCUAUAGAUUUUAAAUUGACUAAUUAAGCUGUUACUGUAUUACAACUGUUUUUUAGUUUUUGUAUUCUCGAUAAACAAAUUUCACAAUUUGUUUUUUUAUUAAUUUUUGGUUAUCUAUUAAAAUAAAACAAUGAUAUCAUUUAGUUAACUUGAAAUAAAUCUACAUUAUUUAUCAGCAUAAAAUAUUUUAACACAAUACAAAUUACACUAAACAAUCAAAAGUAGCAUUAUCAUUAAAAUUAUGUUCCUGAAAGAUGUGAUGACAUGAAAAAACUCUUUACUAAUCAAUUUGCUAUAUCAUACAAUUGGACUGGAGCAAAAAGAAAAAACUUUUAUCAUAUUUAUACCUGUCUAAGAUAAUAAAUGGUAAGAUAAUUUUAUUGAUGCUAAUUUUUUUAACAGCUUUUUUACAAUUUAUUAUAAUCAUUCAUAUUUUUAUAUAGAUACUGUAUUCAAAAAUGCCAAACAUUCAAAAGUUUGACAUUAUUACUUGUAUCAAAAACUGAAUGAGACAUGCAGAAGCUAAAUUGUAUAAAAAAUAAAUAAAUAUAGUAUGUUAAAUUGGUUGUUCAUAAAAAUAAUAAUUUAACAUAACUAAAUAAACAUUAUCUAUUAUUUGUUCCUGUAUACCUAAAGAAAUAUCUCAAGUUAUCAUCCACUGGAUAUAUACUGCAUACACUGAAAUAUAUAAAUAAUAACUUGUGAUUAUCCAUAAGGAUUAAAUAAUAUAAGACAUCUCAUGAAUAACUUCAACAAAUAACCAAUGUAUAUUGAAAUAACAUAUCCAAAAAUGCCAAAAAAACCGACAUUUGGAUAUCUUUUAGAUAUCUGUUGGAAGUCAUAAAUAUUUAAUAAUUAAUAUUAUGGAUAGUUGAUACAUCCACUGUAUAACCACUGGAUAUAUUAGUGGUGAGUGGGCAUUAAUAUUCCAUCAACAAUCUUCUAUGAUAGUGUCUAAAUAAGCUUUUAAUUUUAAAAUUUUUUUUCUUAUUUAUAAAUACAGUAAUACCCCUUCUCGUUGCUAUUAAUUAUUAAAGCUCUAUGUAUAUUCGAUAAAUAAUUACCAUUGGAAUCAAUGGUUUGCUGAUAACAGGGUUUCUUUGUGUAUCCUGAAUAUCUUAAUUCAUGCUUGUAACAACAACUUUCGUUUAUUUAUUUAUUUAUUAACGGGCUUGGAGCCUAAUAUAACAAUAAAGUUUACAGUAAUAAAUAAAUUUGAUCAAUAUAGCAUAAUUAUUAAAGUAAGCAAACAAUAGAAUAGAUUUGUGAAAACAAAUGAAACAAUAGUAAUAACAAAUUGCAAUCCUUAAUACUAAACAAAACAAUUUAAGAAAGGCUUAAGUGCUCGUUAGCCAUGCACAUCAUACAGUGAAUGGAUUAUUUCUACCAUAGUUGGUGUUGGGGAAUGAAACAACAAAAGAAAAAUUAGACCUAGUUUGGUGAGAAGGAACUUUAAAAUUUAUUAGAAAAUGAAGAGAGGGAGCAUCCACUAUAUAUUAUCAUAUUAAGUAUCUUGUACGUUAAUAAAAAUGUAAAGUUGGAAUUGCAUUAUUACAAUAAUAUACUGUGAUAAUUUAUUAGUAACUGAGGAAAUGAUAUCAACACUAAAUAAUUUCUAGAUAAUACCUACUUCUUUAAAAUAAACGAGUUUCAAUUUUAUUUUAUUUUCAUAAUAGGAGGAACAAAAAUUUGAUUACUUAUUCCCCAUAAAUAGGAUUUCUUCCCAUUAUUUGUUCCUACAUUUGAAAAGGAAAACAUUCCUUCCCAUCACUGCUUUUGAGUACUUAAUGAAAAAAGUAAUAUUGAUACAUCAAAAAGUAAUAUUUCAACUACUUAUUGAUAUAGUAGAACUCCAUCAUUUUAUAAUUAUUAUUAUUAUUUAUAUGGGAGACCUGCUAAGUGAUCACAUAAUAUUUAUCACCCAAGUGCCCAUGUGCCAAUAUUAAAAUUUGAAAUAAAAGAAACAACAAUUCAUGGCAACUAUUAUUCAAUGUAAAUUAGCAAUUCUAAACAUAUUUCUUAGAAUUUUGUUAAGUAUCAUUUAUUAUAUAGAAUAAAAAUAAAAAAUAAUACAUACCUGCAAGUUGCUAAACAACAGUCAAUAGAUACAUAAUUUGUUUACAACGCAACAAAUUAACAUAGUACAAAAUAUCUACCGAACUCUAAAAUAUAAAACUUGGUAUACAUACCUAACUCACACUUGAAAAAGUGAUUGUUUUUACAAUACAAUUGUAAAGAGUGUUCCAAACAGUUCGAAAAUACAAGAACGAAGAACGGACGCAGGACGCUUAAACAACGAUAAGAAAAGAAAAACUCCAUUGGUCGAUCGCGCGGGCGCGCGGCAUCAAAAAAAGAAAAAAGCAUCAAUAUGCAGUUAUCACAUCGUACGCGAUAAUAUAGAUAAUGUCGGGAGCGCGCGCAAUUAUGUUUAUUGAAAAUUGUGAUUACUUAAACCUAAGUAUUAAUAUUUGGAAAAUGACCUUUUUUUAAGUGAAUAUGAGGAUUACAUGACUAAAACCUCUCUGGGUUUUAGACUUGUUUCCUGGGUACGUCACUGACACAGAUAUAUAUAAACUAUAUACAAGUAUAAUAAAUGUGGUCAUAUACAUAUAACAUAAUCUGUGGUUACUGCUUACAUAUUUUCUGGGACAAACCGCUCCGUACGAAAAUUAAUUAGGUAUUAAUAAAAAAAUAGACUACUAUACAUUUUAAAUUGUAUUUUAUCACAAUAUAAUUUCCCACUGAAAUCUUAGAUCAUAAUAGGUAUACAUAUAAUCCAAUAAUGAAAUACCUACUAUCCUGAAUUCCUAAUUGAUACAGAUUCUGAAAAAUAUUUUCCAGCGAAAUACCUACUGUCCCGAUUCACACAGUUCUCUUAUUUCAUUGUUCCAAUUCGAGCACUGCCGAUUAAUAAGUAGUCCCCUACCUAUAGUUUAUUAACAAUUUUCUCUAGUUUAAUGGUAUUUGAUGUAUUUGUUGUAAUGAUAAGACUAUGAUGAGAUUAUCAUAAGAUUGUGAUAAGCAUGAGACAUCACAUAAGUUAUUAAAUAUGUUAUAUGUGUCACAUCAUCUUAAAAGAUAACUAAAUAUAAAACAUGGUGCAGUCGGUAGGAAAUAUAAAACAGUAUUAAUGUAUCUACCAUGGUUAUCUAUUCACAACACAAUUGAUGGACAGUUUGUCAAAGAUUGCUCUAUUAAUUACCAAAAUAAUAAUUACACGAAUAAUGAUAUUACCCCGUUGUAUCGCUUUCAUAACCGAUCGUUAUUAGGUUUAGUUAUUAUUAUAUGACAUAUCAAGUCCUUUAAGUAAAAUAAUUGGUAGGUACUUAGAUACCUAUACCUACCCGCUCGUGAAGGUUAUAUCUAAUUAAAUUAUUAUACAAUCUUGUUCUUGAAUUUUCCCCAAAAAUAAAGACUAUUGUACUUUUGUGUAUUAAAUGUAUACAACUGUACAAGGGUGAUCAAUCUUCUAUACUCUUUAGGAUAAUCAUUACCUCUUAAAGUAUUAGGCACCUACCUACCGCCUAUAGGUACUUACCUACCUAUUUUUUGACAUAUUUUUUUUUUUGAAAAUGUAUGAAGCGAGCUCAGGAACGUAUUCAGCUCAUCUUCCGGGGAGGGGGCAAAUUCGAACUUUAAUUAUACUUAUAAAUUAUUGGUUAUGAAAAUAUAUGUCUAUAAACGGCAGUGUUACUUAUUAUAAAUAGAUUGGCAGUUCAAUAUAUUCCGAUCGUUUCGCUAGCUUAAAAGUUAAAACUUGAAUAAUUAUUUCUACCCACUUUUGAUAACUAUUAUUUGCAAUUGAGAACAAUAAAGCCCUUGACCAAAAACCACAAAAGGAAAAAAAAUUCCCAGGGAAAAAAUACAAUUAUUGGCGUCUUAAGAAAAUGUUUUUAUAAGUAUUGAAAAGAAGGCUUGGAUAUAAAUAAAUAAUUAGGUAGGUAGUUACUCAAAAAAAAUGUUUUACGUAUAUUAUUGCUUGAAAACCCCUAGGUAGGUAUAGGUAUUUGGUAAAACCUAACAAAUAUAUUAUGUUAUAUUGUAUAUUUGGACUCAGAGUUUUUAAAUAAUAAUUUUAGUAUAUUGUUUGUAGUAAAUUUAUCUUAAGAUCUUGAGAUCUUACCAAUCUCUUAACAAGUUUUUGAUAACCAUUUCUGCACAAAAAAAAUUAAAUUUUUGAUUAAUAAUAAUAAAAUAAGUAAGUACUUAUACAUGAAACAAAUUCAAUAAUGCCCAGGAGGGGGGACGAUCGGCACUUUCGCCCUCCCUUGUAUACGCCUCUGAGCGAGCAGCUCUAAAAUGUUACACUAUAGGUAAAUAGGUAUUUUGCAAUGUCUUAUUGAGGAUUAAUCAUACUAUAAUAAAUAGGUAGAUAUUUAUAUAAAUUUGUUUUUCCCAGUACAUUUGGACAGUUUUGCGUCAAAACUUAGGAAUUCCCUCUGUAGGUAUGUACCAAAUGAGCUCAAACUCGGGAAUUCGAGUUUUUUUUAUAGACAAAUUGAAGUGAUACAAUAUUUUGAUUGAAUUUCAAUAUGAAGUUUACCAUGUUUUUACGGGAGUAGGAUUAUUUUUUACACAGAAAAAACUGGAUUUUAAAUUCCUACCUACCUUUGUAGACUCAAAGUACCUAAGUAAUGGGAUACAAAUUUGUAUAUAUACAAUAUUACCAAGGAUUGUUGCCUUUAGAAGGUUUCAACUUCCAACACACAGUCUGUUUCAUAUGCAUAUACCAAUUUUGGCAAAAUCUCGACAAUUACUUUUAGUUUUACUUAUACUUACUAGAUAGGUAUUUAAUUUACUAGGAUUUUGAGAUAAUGAGCAAAGAUAUUAAACAUAAAAAAAUGUUUGUAUUUAAAAUUUAAAUCGUACUUAUCUAAAUCCGUGUCUCGUGAUUUAAAUGAUCGAGUGUUUGUAUAAUGUAUGUAUAAAAAAAUGGUAGUUUAGACAGUGUAUUAUAGUGGACGAGUGGAAAAUAUUAAAGCAUAGGCUGGUUAAAAUAUUUUUUUUCAAUAAGGUGUUAAUAGAAGGGAAACUACUAGAUGAAUGAAGUUAGAAUUUUGUAAUAGGUACCUAAUUACCUAUUUUUAAAAAACAUUGACUAGUGUUACAUGGUUAAUGAAGUUAGCUUACCCUGAUUUAGCAGUCAGUGUAGAUAACAUCUACUUCCCUCUCAUUGCACAAGAAACCACUCUCUUUUCUUAAUUCCUUAUUAUCAUACUUCAUUUGGCCAAAACCAUUUCCUGCAUAGAAUGCUAGGGCAACUCAAUAUGUUCAGCUCUGAUUAAAUUUUUUCUUAUAUUACCAUGUGGUAAAUUGUCUUUCUGUUUUAAUGUAUUUAUUGCCACAAAAAUCAUUGUGUCCAUUGCUUGAACUUAAUAUAUCGCCUGUUUAGGCAUUACAAAAUUAAAUAAAUAAAAAUCCUUCCCCCAACAAAAAAAAAAAGCAGUACUUAUUACAAACCAUUAGUGAAAAGUUAUAUGUUGCCAUUGAACAAUAUGAUUGGAUGAAGUAGUUAGAAAUAGUGAUCAUGAUUGCUUUUUGACACUGAUAGUUGAUUUUAUAAUUGUUACUUGACAUUUAUACAAUCAAAUUUUAAAUGUUAAAUGUUAAAUGUGUUGUUUGUCAUUCAGUGAUAAAACAUUUUUUUUACCUGAAUCUGUUGCUAACCUUAAAAAUAUGACAUUUAGAGGAUUUAUAUUAUAUUUAAACAUUUUAUGAUGGAUGACGUGUGUGAAUAAAAUUGGCCUUAGGUUGAAUUAUUAGAGAUUAACACUUUAUUUCUCAUAUUUUGAACACAAUUAGGAAACAAUUUCACUUAGUAUUAAAAAGUAAAUUAAUAUAUAGAUAAAGCAGUUUUCUAAUAUAGCAGAAUACAAAGUUUAAAAAAGAUAUGACAAUUAAAAAAAAAAAGAUAGCAAAAUGGAUACUAUUCGUAGCAAGUUAUAAAUUAAUUACAUAAUAUAAAUUUGUAUUUAAUGUGUACGUUUAUUAAAAAUAUUAAUAAAUAAUAAUUAUAGAAAUUACCAUGACAAAAAAUAAAAUUGAUCUAUUUCUUAAAGAAAUACAAAGCAAAAGUUGAACAAAAUGGUGAUCUGGCUACCUUUAAUAAUGUAACAGAAAGAUUUCACAUUUAUAAUUUAGGGGCUAGCCCUUACUCAUAUAAUAUGUAAAUGGACAAAACCAGUCUAGUAGUCUAAGGUCUAUGGUAUGUUCUUAUCUAUAAUAUUCUACAUUUCUAAAAUCUAAUUUUAAAAGUGUGAAUUUAGAUGUCUGCAGACAUUCAGUUUGAAAUUUGAAUAAGAGUAAAUUGAAUAAAAAUAAUAUUUGCAAAGACUCAUAUUGUGAGAUAAGACACAUAAUGUGUAGAUUGUAAAUACCAAUAAAAGCCCAAUUAAAAAAUACUGUUUAAAACUUCACUUCUUUGCGAGAUUUGUGCUCUUAGAUGAGAUUCUAUUUUAGUUGGAUGUUGGGCUGCUGUAACCCAAUACUCUCAUCGGGUCUGAAGUACCUAAUUAAUAAACAAAAUAUUUAUAAAUAUAAAAUAAGUAAUAAGAAAAUUAUUUUAAAUAAAAAACACUUGAAUAUUAACUUGUAUUUUAAUACCUCAGAUUUGUCUAUCUCACAUUUUAGAAAAAAUUUGUCGAAUUCGGUUUGCCAUAUUUCUGUCAACAAAUCAUUCCUUUCUUUUUUAGUGAAGGAUACAGACAUGGCAACUGGUUUUAAGGGGUCAGCUAAAAAUUAUUUAAUUUGUAUUAAUUAAUAUAAAUAACAAGAAAAGUUAUUGAAAGUAUAUCAUACAAAGAUAUUGUUUUUUAACAUUUAGAGAAUUUUUUUAAAAUUUAAAAAGCAUCAAAUGAUAAUCAAAAUAAACAUUAAACAUUGUCAACAAAUUAUUUUGAAUGUAUAAUUUGAAUGGUUAUUUCCUGGAUAAAUUAUCAAAAUAAUUGACACCACCAACAGUACUUAAAGAAAUAGAAUAUAUUAAAGCUGAUAUUUAUAAUCAUUACAAUUCUUUAGUAAAAAUAUAAAGAAGUCUUAAUUUUAACUACAUAUAUGAAUACUUUAAAAAAAUAAAUGAACAUACUUUGUAUGAUGGGUGAACCACUGUUUUAAGUGAGAAGUUAGGUAGGUAAUGAAGAAAUUUUAUUAUAUACCUGUACGCAAAAAUUAAUCAUUGCUAACAAAAAACGAUUUUGAGAGAAGUACAACUAUACCAAUACCAGGUCUAUAAAUAUGAAUCCAGAAUUAUUAUACAAAAAAUAGAUGCUUAUUGUAUGAAAAAGAUAACAAAUAUUUUAUUCAAAGUAUUGCCCAUCCUUAGCUAUAUAUUUGUCCAACCAUUCUAGUAAUUUAUGGAUGCUAUGAUAAAAAUCUAUUGCUCUUUGAGGUGACCCAGUCAAUUUCUUACAUUUUUGUAAGAAGUAAAGUGCUACUCAGUAAGUGUGCAACCCUUUGAUGAAAAUAAGUAGUAACGGGAUAGAACCAAGUCUGGCGAAUGUGAAAGUAUUUCUGAACUAAACAAGUUUCUAAAUCAACUUUCUUUGACCAGUUUUGCUGUGUGCAUUAUGAUGAAGCAAAAUCACAUCUAUGUUGCCUUUUUGUUAUCUUGUCAUGUUUCAUACAAAUGCUUGAUUCAAAUGGAUCAUUUGUUAUAAGUAGCACUCAAUAUUAACAGUUUUGCUAAGUUUAAGCAGCUUAUAAUAAAUAACAAACUUCUAAUCCCACCAAACACAGAGCAAUAUCCUCCAUAGCGAUUUGGCCUUGCAGUGGAUGUCGAUGGUUUGUCUGGAGUUAACCAUGAUUGUGAUUUAUAUGAAUCCAUAUUCCCAUCUUCUGGAUCUUUCUCAUGGCAUUCAAGUAUAUGAAUAUGGCUUCUUAUGUCACAUUUAAUUAAUCUGCGAGGUUUUGUUGCAUUUAAGAGCCAUCUUCAUCCAACAUUUCUUGCAAUUCGCUGUCUUCAAACAUUUUAGGUGGUUUUCCAUAUUCUUCAUAUAUCUUGUCAAAAUGCCAACUUUUAAUUUUUUUAAACCACUCAAAGCUCUGUGAUUUUUCAAGAGCAUGCUUACCGUAAACUUUGACAACCAUUCAAUGUGAUUCUACAGUAGUUUUUUUCAAAUGGUAAUAGAAAAUUAAUUUUGCAAAUCAUAAUUUCGAGCACACAAUUUGAUAUAUUCAAUCAAUGCUAUUACAAACUAUGCAGUGGUAUGAAACUUGUUUAGUUAUGAGUUGAAUAUAUUUUACCAGAUGUGAACAUGUAAAUCACAUCAAUUGUUAGUUUUAAAAAUAACUAUAUUGAGGUAUUUAUAGGAAAAUUCUAGUUUCAUAUUUACAGAUCUAAUAUGUUUUGAAAUGCCAAAAUAUUUACAAUGCAAAAAUAAUAUAUUGUGUAAAUAUUCUGGGUUUUUCAUUUAUUAUGAAAACCCUUGUGAAAAUCAAAAAUAUGACCUCUUCAAAGCAUCACUACAGUCAAAUUUCCAUUCAAAAAGUGUUACACUUGAAAACUGGAAUAAAAUUUCUAGUAGAAAAUUGGUUAACAGAAAAAAAAAUACAUAAAAAUAAACAUCAUUGUAAAAUCAAUACAUUCCUUGUUUCCCAUAGAAUUUAAAAUUAUCAAAAAUAAUAUUUUUUUGAAUAUUACUUAUGUUUUACUAUCUAAUUAAUGUUUAAAUUAUAUUUAUAAUGAAAAUAAUGUUUUUGUAAGACAAUGCAUACAAUUUUUUAUUAAAAUUUAAUUUAAAUCAAGAGCUCAAUUUUUAUUUUAUACUUUGCUUACUCGGUGGACUUAUUUGCAAUGGAUGCUCAACUAAAUGUGAUAUAUUACUUCUUUCAAAUUGAACUUCUCCAGCCUCAUUUAAAUAACUAUAAUUUAAAAAAACAAAUAUAUAUAUUUAAUAUAUUAAAACCAUUUUAUUGAUAAUAAUCCAAUAAAAAACUUACGAAGCCCAGCGAGGACAGUAUUUAGUUAAUUGUUCAAGAGGCAUUAACGAUACCAUUUUUUGAAUAGAUGAAAAAUUAGGUGUCAUUUUUGGCAUUUUACUUUCCAUUUCUUCCAAUAGAACCUAAAAUAUAAUAAUAUUAAAUUUCAAAAUAAAUAUAACUGGUAUAUUAUGGACACAACAAAUUCUAUCUAAAUAAAAUUAAUUCAUUAAUAUAAAUACUUAGUAUAAUACCUUCAUAUCUAGAAUUUCAUCAACAAAUUGAUUAGGAAAUUUAAUUCCAGAGGAGACAUCAAUAGAUUUCAUAUUAAUCAUUUGUGUGAGUUCUUUUCUGGUUUCAGCGAUAAAAUUAGGUUUUAAAGUAAGUUUAACUUGUGUUAACUUGACUUUUUUGCCAGUAAUAUCCAUUUUUUGGCCUUCAAAAUCAAGAAUUAUAGGAGCUGGUAUUCCUGCAGAUGAAUUUAGUUUCUUGGGUAUUCUUGAAACUGUCUUUUUGAUACUUGUAGCUGUUUUUAUUUUUUUUUGAGCCUGUAUAAUUCACAAUGAUACAAUGAAAUUUUUAAUAAAUAAUAAUAAUAUGUAUGACAAUAUUAAUAAUAGAUUUUUUUCUUCUAAUAUUUCAUAAUAUAAUUUAUCUGUAUAACUAAUAAGGUACUAGAUACACCUCCAAUAAACAAUAAACACAAAAUUUUAAUGUUUAGUUUUAAAAAAUCUCAUAUUAAAUUUAACAACAAACUGAAUAAUACAUCUUUGAAGUCAGUUGAAUCAUUUAAGGACUUGGGAAUUAAUUUUAACUUUAAGUUAUGUUUCAAUAGUCGUAUUGAAAGAAUAACAAAUAAAACUUUUUUAAAUCUUUGUUUCAUUACUCAAACAUGUACUAAUUGAAAUAAUAUGAAUGCUUUAAGAAGUUUAUAUUUUGCAUUUGUUAGAACUCAAUUAGAAUAUACUUCUCUUAUUUGGUACUCUAAUUAAAUUUGUAUAAACACAGAUACCAAAGCCAUUCAAAAUUGUUUUCUGUCUUUUAAAUUCAAAGUUGAACGGCCACAAAAUUCUGGUUAUGAUUGAGUAUUAUCAUAUUUAAUAUACAAUCAUUAAAAAAUUAUAAUUAAAUACUAACAAAGUUCCAACUUUUUAUAAUCUGAUAACAUUAUUUUAUUUUCAAUUAACAUGUGUAUAAUAACGGUUUAUUUUAGCAUACCUAGUAUCCAAAAAAAUUUUAAUUAAAAGUUUCAAUUUUAAAGUGCCUGUCUCUUACAUGAAUUAAAAUAUGUAUUUGAAAAUUGGAGUUUCAUUUCACUCAGAAAAUCAUGAAUUUUGCAUUGAAAUCCACAUCCUAUUAAUUAUCAUUAUAUUAUAAAUACUUGUACAAUUAUUAUUUGAGUGAACAGUUAAAUGUAUUAAUGAACUAGUAAUGGUGUAGUGAGGUGAUUAGUGUUGACUAACUAAAGUGUUUGAUAAACAAAAUAAUAAUUAUUCGAUUGGUUAUAAUAUUAUUAUCUUAAUAUAUAUUUAUAUUAUAUUUUAAAAUUUUUUGGGCGUUUAAAAUCAUUUCUUUAAUUUGAUAAAAUAAUAAUUAUCUAAUAAUAAUAACCUAUGUAUUUUAAUAAUUUAUCUUAUUCAAUCAAAAAAUAAAUACCUUUUUCUUCGAAUGUGCCUCUUCUUGAACAAUAGUUAAAUGUUCUUUUUUUACUUUUUUAACACAAUUUUCAUCAAGUUCAGUCAUAGUAAUAGUAUGCUUCAUGGCAACAGGCUUACUAUUAACCUCCAUUAUUAUUUCUUUUGUUUAGAUAAAUGAUUAAUGAAUUAGCGACAGUGUUUUACCUGGAUCUUAUAAUAACGACUGAAAUUUGUACAAAAAUUGAAAACACAACACUACUCUUUCGACACAAGAUCUGCAACAAAGAAGAAAGUAAAGUCGCAAACAAUUCACGAUUAAAGUUUGAGGUUAGUUAAUGAUUCGAAAUGAAGUUGUGUACACGUCGGAAAAUUACGACAUUCAGAGGGUUCGACAGUUAUAAAUUGAGGAACACGUUAAGAGCAGGGUUGCCAAAUUCUCAAACAGUUAUUUUAGUAUUGUAGCUAUCAAAUUUUCGUAUUUCUAUUAAUUCAUUGAUGCUAGAGAAUAAUUCAAAAUUAUGGAUAAUGGUAUAGAUUAGAAUACAGUAUUUUUUUAAAUUAGAUUUGUUAUACCAUGUAUAUCAUACAUAUGUUAUACUAUGUUUGCUAAAUGAAUAAACAUCUGUAAUAUUUUUAAUAAGGUUAUUAUUUCAAUUGGUUCAAUUGGAUUAAGAAAAAAUGAAUCAUUAAUGUGACACUUAAAGGAACACACUGAAAAAUUAAUUUAAUUAAGCAAAUAUAACAAUUUUCAUUUUUCUAUUUGUAAUUAUAUAUUAAAUUUACAUCAAUUAUAGCACAAUUAAAAGUAAAAAAAUACCUUUAGCUCCCAAUAGUUGAACUUCCAACCUGGUGAGUAAUUAUCUCGUAAGUCUGUAUGUGCUCUAAUGUAUAUAGAACCCUUACACAAAAGAUUAGAACUUCUUAUUUCAUUUUCUUUUGAUGAAUUAUCCCCUUUAAUUAAAUUACCAUUUUCAUUAGUGUAUGAAGAAUUAUAUCACCACAUAUGGUAAUAAUUUUAUUCUGUAUUCUAGGACUUAUAUAUUUGUUCCGAGAGUCAUAUUCAAAAUGUUCUUUAAAUAAUCCAAGUCUUCAGCUUUAUAUUUCAGAAUAGCACAGACAUUUCCUUCAUUUGAAUGAUUAGAUUCGGAAUUUAAUGCAUCUAAAUUAAAUACAGUUAUCAUCAAAAAAAAAUAUAAUUAAUACAAAAUAUUUUCAUUACAAAAACACUAUAAAAGAAAAAAAUUAUAAAAAAAAAAAACCCAAGAGGAGAUCUAUCCCCCAUAUCCCCCCCUAUUUACGCCACUGCAUGAUACAAUCAGCAAGUUACAAAGACGACUCAAAUAAAGUUUAUAAAUUACAAAAAUCUUUAUGGGCUUAAAUAAGUGCCAAUAUGUUGGAACAAAUGAUUUAAAGAUUUUUUAAAUACAUUUGAUUUACGAUCUCACUAGGCACUGAUGCAUGUGUAUUUAAAACAAAUAGUAAUCAAAUAAUUUUUGCAAUAUUUGUAGGUGAUGGAUUAAUUGCUGCCAACAAUGAAGAUAUAAUUAAAGAACUUUUAACAAGCUUGGAAAAAGAGUUUACGGUAAAGAAGGGUAAUUAAGAAUAUGUUUAGGUAUGCAAAUAAAUACUAUGAAGAAUGGGUCUUUAUUGGUACAUCAAACAAAUUACUCGUGUCGUAUAAUUGAGAAAUUUUUUUUAUUGAAUGCAAAGGAACUUUCAAUUCCGAUUGACAAAUCACAUACACUUAAUAACCAAAAUGAAACUGAAAAGUUGAGUGAAAAAACCCUUUAUCGGCCAUCAGUGGGCAGUUUAUUGUUUUUAUAUUAGCUAUCGAAACCGGAUAUUGCAUAUGCAGUCAACUUUGCUAGUCAUUUUUUAGCAAACCCAUCAAAGGCACAUUGGAAUUAAAUUUAAUUAAUUAUAUGUUAUAAAAAAACAUUUAAUUAUCGGCUGUAUUUUAAAACACUUUCACAAUUAUCUUUAGAAAUAUUUAGUGAUGCAAAUUACGCAGGUGACAUUGAAACACAGCGAUCAACAUCGGGAUACCUAUUAAAGUACAGGUCAUCUCCUCAAUUCCUUGGACAUCACAGAGAUAAAAAUGUCGUUGUCAUCAACUGA